ACAUCCGCAGCAGUGACUGGCCAAUAAAGCAGAGAAAAUACGUAAGCAUCGACGAAGGCUCGGCGCAGGCGGAGAAAGCUCAGUGUGAAGCAGACUGAGCCUCCUCCAGCUCCACUCGUACUGCUGACAUCUCUCAGCGAGUACAACCAGGGCCCGGAUCCCUGUAUUUUAUAUGAAUUUUACGCACGGAUAAGACAGCUGCACUACGGUUCAUUGGAGGAUAGGCGGAAAAAAACCUCCGAAAGAAGGUUCGAGUAUCUGCAGGGGCGAAUCCUAUCUAGAGCAAGAUGUUAGAUCCGUCAUCCAGCGAGGAGGAAUCUGAUGGGAUAGUGGAGGAGGAGACCAAAGAGGCGAUGGCACCUCAGGCCGGAUCCCGCAUCUCUCCCAGCAGGACUAGCGAGAGCUCGGGUGGUCUUGCGCCCAGCAGCAGCCGCAGCAGCGCCCGUCCGACCAGCCCGAGUCCGUCUGCAGCCAGCGAGGAGAAGGAGGACUUGGACAAACUGCAGAGGGAUGAGGAGGAACGCAAGAAGAAGCUGCAGUUGUAUGUUUUUGUCAUGCGAUGCAUCGCGUACCCAUUCAAUGCAAAACAGCCCACAGAUAUGGCACGACGACAGCAGAAGGUAAGGAGCCCUCGGUGCAAAGACAUCAUUAAUAACCACAUCCUGGCGAAACGCCUCCUUUCAUAUCGCAGAUGUUGUCAUUGAUGACCUACAUAAGGUAGAGCACAGAGGGGGGUUUUUGGCCACAAGGCCCACCCGAUAGCGCGCGGAUGCUGCACGGUCCCGGUGAAGAAAAGACUCAGUUUGUUUGUUUUUUCCCCGUUUGACGCAAAAUGUUGAAAUCCACAGAGCAUGACAGGAGCACAGAGAGGGAAAAAAAGCGCUUCAGAGCUCCUGAUAGUGAAAGAAAGGACACAUGGUUUGGUGCUGCAGAGCUGCAGACUGAGUGCAGCUCAUGGUCCUCCACACACACUUGCUCUCAACUCAGAUCAAUCCCAGCAAGUCCAUUAAUUGAAAGGGCGUUCAGGGGAUGGUGGAUGGCGACUUUCAAUGAGACGGCGUCAUUGUCCUUGUUUGCUUGUAUCUCAAAAAAAGACUUGUUUUUGUGUCACUAUUUCAUGCCUUCAUUGGCGGAUACCCAAUUCCAACCCGUUUGCGCCAUCACUUAUCCCGUCAAUUUGGCCUCCCAAGGUGACUUUUAGGCUCAGACCUCUUGAGGAAGGUUGCUUAAUAGCUUUCCUCCUCCUCUGCAGAUGAGCCAGGCCCCCUCUCGACGGGUUACAAUUAAUUAAUUGGAUUCAGCAUUUUCUACGUCCUCACAUUCGUUUUUCUUUUUACUCUAUUUGCUACAGGGGACUCAGGUUGUGACAAUUAUGCAAGUGACUGUAAGGGACAAGGCCCACAUCCUGGUUUCACUUUGCUGCUGUGAAGCUCCAUUCAUGUUGAAGCCAAUUUUGGGUCAUGCUGUCCUACACUGUCAAAGACACCCAGCCCAAGUCCUCCUGUACCAGAAGACAAUCAAAAGCCAGACUUUACUGUCCUUUUAUAUCCGGUACAAGCAACAGCUACUGUUUGUGUUUAAAGACUUGAGUUAAAAGUGAAUUUAAUUUAUAAAGAAAGGUAUAAAAAGUCAUCUUAAAUGCUUACUCUUUAGAUGAGAACAGAUUUUGUGUAGGGUUUCCUUUGUUCUGUGAAAACAUUGAUUAUCCCAUGGCUCACUGAGGCUGUAGUAGCAGUUUCUAGUAGCUCCCCUCACAAGAAGUUGAAUUUAGUGUGCUGUGUGGACCCGGCAACGAUUCAUUCAGCUCAGUUAAUCUAUGGCUGAUCUAGUCUCGCCUGCAAUGAAACACUGUAAACAAUGCUGUGGAAAUUGCUCGAGUUGGUGUUGUUUUUGUGUAACCUGCAGACAAUCCAUCUUCCUCCGGACCCGCUUUAAGCCAUAUGGUCUGAAAUUUCUGCUGACUCAUGCACAAGUGCAUGUGGGAGGCUUAAACCACGGUAUUUUCAUCUAUUUGUUUGUUUGGAUUCCCAUUUAGCGUAGGUUACUGGUAGUCUAAUGCAUGCUUAGUGAUCUAGUGGCUUAGGCAGCCACAAUCCUCUGCUGUGGGUGAGUGGGUAUCAGGACAAACAAGCAAGUGCUUCCCAUUAGACCAGUGUGUUUUUCUGCCCACAGUCUGAGUGGAGACCUAUUAUCCUUUGGUUAGACGGAUGACUUUAGGAAAAAAUAAUGUGCAAAAUUAGAGCAAAAAAAACAAACAAACAUAUUUUUUAAAACUACUCUUUAACUUUGAUUUAAAUAGGAUUAAUAGAAGAUGUUAUUUGAUUAUAGAAAUUAUUGGUUAUGUACAGUAGAGUGCAUUAAUGCCAUAGACUGUAUAUAGAAUGGACAGCGUCUGCCUCCUCACUGGGUGAAGCCACUCCGAGAACAGCACCCUCUGGUGACAGGCUGCAGUAUAGGUCAUAAAUCCCCCCUUCGCCAGAACUGCUAAUGGAGCUGUUGACCAACUUUAGAAAUUAAUUACACAGAACAUACAUUUUUCUUGCGAUGUUGACAUGUAGUUAUUGUAAGACUGGUUUGUGUUCAAGUCCUCUUUUAUCUGUACAGCUCCGUUUUUAAAAGUUAUUAGGGGGUUCGUGUUUUCUAUGAUUGACACCUGAUACAGCCUAUGGGUGUACGAAGAUUGCGUAGCUCAUCUUGGGAUACGCUGUUUGAGCCGAGCGUCAUCACAGCGACUCUCGGUGACUCUCCCGCCGAAUGCGUACAACGCUACUGCGCAAGUGGUGGAGUGCGUACAAUGCUACUGCGCUACGUUGGUUUACGUUGGUUCAGGAAAUGGAGAGAAAACGCGGAAUUACCGAGAGCUUUACAGCUUCAAAUCCGUAUACUGGCGGAAGGCGGAACCAAGUUGUAUUUACAGUCUGUGAUUAAUGCUAGUUGCUCGCUUUAUGGCAGCUUGGCACAUUUCUAGUGUAACUUCGUUUUUGAAGAGUGACCUUUGACAGCCACUGAGAUCCAAGUUUGUCCUUUACUGUUUAAAGAAAUAGACUGUUAGCACUAAACUGAUAACACUGUUCCCUCUAAGACUCCCUUACAUGUUCACUUCUUACACCUCCAUCAACAAUAACUCCUCCCUGCGUUGGCUGUACAAUCUGAUAUGUAGCCUAUAACCAUUUUGGCUAUUAUAGAUUAGUCACAGAAAUGUGAUGAAGCAAUUUCUGUAAUGAAAAGACUCAAAGGCCUCAGCAAAACAUGUGGAGCAGCUCCAUGAUAAUCCGCUAUUAGAAGCUCUGGCACAUAAACGGCAGUGAUGGGCUAUCACAGAGAAACAGGCCCGGCUGCAGAGUCUGCAAGCUCCUCUGCUGCUGCUUCUUCAAAUGUGCUGCUGUAACCUUGUGAAAGGGUAACACAAUAGGGAAGAAACAGGCAGUUGUGUCCUUUUGAAGCAGUGAGGGAAAUGUUUUUCAGUCUCAAGCAGCAGUCAUGAAAGCUGCUGCUGCUCCUGCUGCUGUUGGCGAAGUCUAGGGCUGUAUGCAUUUUUAAUUGGCGACUCCUGUCUUUGCAUUGUAAGGCUAACUGUCUCAGGAUACUCUCACACUAACUAACACCCCAUUGCUUGCCAUGAUGUACGGGGAAUAUUGAGGUUAUUUAACACAUAGAGAUUACAUUGCUGUUAUUAAAUGUAAAUAUGGCGUCAUUAAGGAUUGUUCAAUGGGCGAAAUUCUCAUUUAUUGAAUGACAACAGCUGCCUGAAUGGCGUCCACAGACAAAUGAAAUAUACAGCUGACAUUACAAGGCGAAGGCAGGAUUGCCAUUAACUAAUUAUAACAGUAGCAUUUACAGGCAUUUGUGCACCAUUGUUUUGAACCAUGAUUGACACCUUUAGUAGCUUAAAUAUUUUGUUAGUUCAACAUAUGUCAAAAUUUACAAGACCAACUAUGUCCAAAACAAUUAAAAUUUCCAACAGCCUCAGCUAUAGCUUUGGUUUGGGGGCCACUAGGCAAACACUACCAUGCCAGCACAAUAACCUUAGUUGGUGGGGACGAUAAAAUCAUAGAGAUUAAACAUAAGAGAGUUUAUGUUAUGUUGUGAACAUUAGCUAAAGUACUAUUGCGCUUAAGAACAGCCUUCUGGAAGAGCUAGCAUGGCCAACUGUAUGACUGUAGCAAAAAACAUGAAAAGGAAAAGAAUCUAAUUGAAUUCAGAUCUGAAUCAUAGGUGGAAGCUCUCACACAAGUCAAACAAAAUUAUACAUUAGCACUUGAGAAUAGAAUGAAAUAUGAUUAAUUUGGCAAAUGCGUUUCAUGGAUCACAAUGAAAGUGUGUUUGAGAACUGAAUAAUGUCCUGGGUUUAGUAUUUUUUCAAUUACUGUAGAAAAUGUGAUGCCCUGUAGAUAUCCUGACCCAAUCAACCCAUCUGCCAGCAGGCUAACUUAAUAGAGUGCCUCUUGGCUCAGCAUUUUAAUACUUUACAGUACGCCGUUGAUACUUGGAAGGAGCAGAGCUGAGAAAUGUGAAGCAGGCUUUGUGAUAUGAAUGUGAAGCAGGCUGAAAUGCAAAUCAGAGAUACUUGGAUGAAGUUUGCUUCUGUGGUGUGUUCAACGCCGAGCCUUGCUGGAGAUUGUGGGUGUCCUAUUGUGAACUGGUUUCACAUGGAUUGGGUUCCCCGGCACGUUUAUAAAACAUAAUAACAUCCUUGUAAUGAAAGCAAAAAGGGCUUUACUUAGUCACGACUUACAGUCAGAAUAGACAUGUCAACACACAAUGUAGGGCGGUGAAAGAGUCGAGGAAAAGAGACAAGAAGCAAUUAAGAAAAAAAGGUUUGUUUGAAGUUUGAUAGAAAUAAAUGGGCAUCCUUAUUCAAUGUUGCCACUCUGAUCACUAUUCAUGCAUUUGUCCAGCGGUUGACCAUAAUAGCUCAUGGGCCAAAAAUUGAUGAAUCGAAACAGAGGGAGCAGGAGCUGAUGAAGAGAGGAAAAUGGGAUGAUGUCAGUGUGAGAAGAAGCGUGGGUAAAAUUAGAAACCCUAAAAAAUUCAGCAGUAUUAAUUCUAACUGGUACAUGAGAAGUGUGACGGUGCAUUAAUAUUAACAUUUCCGCUCACUGUGUGGUUUUAAAAUUGUAUUGUGUGUAUUAUGACCUCAUGGUGACGUCUUUAUCUAGACUUCUUUGCUAAAAAGAAUCAGACAUUUCAUAGAUUAUGUAAGAAAUUAACAUAUAAGUACACAAAUAACUGAGGUGAAACUGCCUGAGCUCACUGUGUUCAUAAAACAUGUCGAAGUGGCUGUUAAAGGAAGAAAGCAAGUAUGCCUUUUGAGUCAUUUGCAUUAUUAUGUAUAUCUUUAAAUGGUAUCCUGCCUGAAAAAAAGACAUCUUCAGAUAAUAAAAGAAGCUUCCCAGUCAGUGUCAAAGUCAAGCUUUGAGUUAACAAUCACACAUGUCAAUCAUCAUUUAACGCUGCUGCUGCUGCUGCUGAAGAAUACGGGUCUCUCACAUUAAGAAGCAGACAUUAAAGCAUGUUUUAGAAACCUGAGUGUGGCAGAAUAAAGGUGUUCAUCAAUAGUUUAGAUAUGAGAGUGAAAUCCAAAGAGGUGACAGCUGAAAAGCAGCAGGAGAACAACCCCCCCCACCCCAUUACCUACAAUUUCUGCAGCCGAGUGUAACAAAUCACAGCUCCACAUAUUAAACAUCUCCCAGUCUGCCUUUAACCAGGAGGGAAGGCUGAGAUCGUAUAUUCCUUCGAAUACUAAUACCGUCUUUUUCCCCGAGGUUUGACUACUUUGAAAGCAGAGACCCCACUCAGGAUCAAAAUAGCUCAUAUUUGCCGAGUGCAUCUUAAAUAAUAUAGACGUGUGACCAAAUUCUCGUACAGAGGGCAAACAUGAGCAGACAGACAGAGCUCCAGAAAUGCAAAUGUUACACCACAGAUUGAAACUUUUUUUUUUUAUGAUUCAAGGGGGCAUCACGUGAGGGGUCUCUGUCUAUAAAAAGACAUUUGACUGCCGUCUCCAAGAACACAGCAUGUACUCAUUAAUUAUAGUACAACCUAUGUGCGCUCAGAGCCUAUAUAAUCCUGUCCUUGGGUAGACAAAUGUUAACUGUGUACCAGCACAACCUUAAUCCUGAUGGUAGGACACAGUAAAACCCUUCCUUUCCAGGAGACGCAGUUAUAGGACAUAAAGCUGAAUCAUCCUUUUGUGGACAGUUGAUGUGUUUUUAUUCUUUUUGUGGGGAUUGAGGAAGAAUAAUCUGCAUGGUGUGCGUCCAUCUGCUUUUUAUUGCUGCAAAGAUAUAAUCCAUUCUGCCAUUACUAUGUGAGUCAGGCUAGGGAAAAACAGUGGAGAGUUAAAGCUGGUUUGUUGAACAUGGACAGCAGACAUAAGCAUCUUUGAUUGUUCAUGCAAAUGAGAAAAAGGUUUACAGAUAGUUUUUUUUUUUUAAGUAUGCUGGUACAGCUGAAACAGUGGGGGACUGCACAUUUUAUGCUCACAAUUCUGACCAAGAUUAUCAAACUAAAACUAAAUUAAUGAAAAAUGUUUGAUCUGUACAAGAAACAUCUGCAAGCAUUUGUUUGAAAUGAGUCAAAACAAGAGAAGAUAAAAAUUGUAGUUUGUAAAAAGUAGAGUCUAGUUAAUUCUGCGUUUAUUGGUUCAGAUGUCGUAUACUAAGAUGAACAUACGUCCUCUUUUUGGGGGGCUCGUCCGGCCUUGUCCGGGGGAGUUUAUCAAAUCCUUCAAACAUCCGGGGUUUUGUAUGGAAAGUUUGAGUUUGUGUCACAUGGACUAACUGAGUUACAAGCGCGUAAAAAACACUCAACACGGCCCCAAAGACUCUCAAAAUUAUCUGUGACUCUGCCCUGCGUAGUAGUGUCCUCUUUUGAGGGAUUCAGAAUGGUGACCCUAUCAUAAACAAAUGUCAUAGUACGUGAUAUUUGGUGUACAUUUCCUGUGGGACCUGUAUGAAUAGUUUUUUUAUUACGCCUUCCUGCACACCCCCUGUCAUGACUCAUCUACCCCCCCUUUUGGGAUCAUCCCUCCUUCUUUGGGUAACACUGUGCUCAAGCAACCUCUCAUGUCGAUUUGCUGCAUUUAGGGAUCCCUCUGCUUGAUACAAGCCCUAUAAAACGCUUCACUUUUACAUCACCAACUAGUAAAAAGGAGAGCAAAUUAAAAAAUCAACUUGUAUAAUCAUCAUCCGGUCUUUUCAAACUAUCUCAAUCUAAUACUUGUGUGCCUCGUCACAGUCGUGACUUUUUCAAAACUUUUAAGUUAGUUUCGCAAAAUCAAAUGAUUCAAAGUCGUAAUUAUGAGGAAUGAGAGUCAUAAUCACUGUCUUGAAAACUUCUUUGGAUUUUCUUUUGAUGAACCAAAAGUGUGGCAUCAUCAAACUUUUGCCAAAUGAAGGCAGGCAGCUGUUGGUGGUUGUUCUGUCUGUCGAAAAAAAUAUUUUUGUGCAAAUAUAUGUCGUUAUAUCGCUUCAAAGGGGAAAAUGACUGGAGCAUGACUGGAAUAAGACAGAGGCGAGAGCAGGGAGGCAGAUUAGCAGUGGUGAUUUUCCACAUUAAAGAAAGAAGAUGGAGGUAUAAGAGCUUCAGGAGACUCAUUACUGCUGUCCUCUGCUGAACUUGCUCUGAUGAGUCGCACUUAGGAAUCAAACACAAACAGCAGCCACAAGCCUGUAGCUUCUGUGUCAUCUGUCAUGGCUGACACAUCUCAACACGUUCUCACAUUGAAGUUGUGAAAUAUGGCAGAUAAGUCUUUGGCUCCAUAGCUUCAAAAUAUGUUAGUCUGGAUUAGUGAUCCUGAACUUACCACCAACAGUUAAGACUUCAAUUCCUGAAAUGUGUCAUUUCAUGGAAGCUGACAACCAGUACGGAGGUGCAUUUCUGCCACCAGUGUGACGUCACUAACCUCAAACUCUCAAACAUCCGUAUAGAAGGAACUGCAUCAGAAUAAGCUCUUUCAAAUCAAACAGCCUUAAAUUCCCACUCCGAUUAUUUUUUUAGUACUUAAAGGUGGGGUAGGCAGGAUUUCGUUAAAGAAGCAUCUUUUUUGUGGUGUAUAUACGAAAAAGCUUUUAAUAUCAGUCAAAAGCUAUUAGUUAUUGAUGACAUUUGAUAAUAUAAUGAUAUCACUGUGUUCUGUUAUGUCUGUGUAGUCAACAUUUAGAAUCUUUUGAGCGGCCCGCUCUUUCUGACUGUAAACAAAGCCAUUUCCCGCCUUCUCGACCUGAUUGGUUGUGAUGCGGACGCUGCUCCCCGUGUCGUUCACGAGCCCAAACAAAGUUAGCGUGCUACAAUAUCGGACAGUAGAAACCAACCAGAAAAUACGGAAAAUUGUCCGAAUCCUCCUUUAGCCACGACUGCCGACACAAGCUAGAAAAUAAAGUAAAUACCGGAGACUCUGGCGGAACAACAGUGCUUAAAGGAGGUAGACCGGACAAGAGCUAAGAAGCCGGGUCAACAUAAAAUUAAAGGGGAGGCUUCGGGAUCUUACAGACCCUGUAACCUUUAUGCUGGACAGGUAAACGACUUAAACGAAGUAAGCCAAAUGUCUGUAACAGAAGUGUUUCUUGUCAAACUGGACCUGCCACGUGUUGUAGCGCCGCUAAACUGUUUAGCUCGGGUCCUGGACUAUGUGACUUAAUCCUAGUUGUAGAAGUCCUGCAAACAUUGUGUUUGCUGGUAGUCUGUUGGCAUCUAAAGUAGCACCAAUGCUUUUCUCAGCGGUCUUUAAAUUGUGAUUAUGAAGCUUUUACCAAAAUCACAUUACCUGUGUCAUUUUCAAAGGCUUUCCUUCUGCAGAGCUCCAGUAGCUCAUUACUAAUUCGCCUCUGAGUUGUGGGCGGAGACAGCGCUGCUCUGCACACGCCUCUUUGUGUUAGCUAGCAGCCUAACAUUGCAGGUGUAGUAGAAGUAGCACAUAACAUAGUGUGACCUACAUAGCGGGGCCGGAGCUUGGAUUGGUUACGUAUGACAUCUCACUGUGUCUGAACCUGCCGUUUGGGUCUGCCAGAGAUUCACAGUGAUUUGAGUGAAGAAAUACUCAGAAAAGCAAUUUGGCAUUUAGUUUUCUCAUGAUAUGUCCUGUAGCAUCAGAAAAAUUCAGUAAGAACAUAUAAAAAAACAAGAAAACAUGAUUUUCAUCGGAGUGGGUCUUGAAAAAGCAGCUUUUAAAGGUGUAUAUGAACGACAGAAGCUGACUCAGAGGAUGCAAUUAGAGCUCAAGAAUACAAGUUAAAAAUGUUCACAACAGCAACAACAAAGAGGGAGUGUAGUUUGAAAGCAGUUAGCGCAUACCUAGCCUCUUUCUUGUCAUUUUUUAGGGCUUACAGCUAAAGGCUGCUGCUACUCUUUUGUUUGCUUGUCUACAAAACCCAUCCCUGUUGGAGGGCCUGUAACAAAAAGAAAACAUCUCUGUGUCUGAAUGGAAUUUUCUCAACAGUUGAACAAUGGUACAGGAGUUAAAUACUAACUUUAAACAUGCCACUGGAGUAUUUUCUUCACACUUCUUCCUUUCUCCUUUACAAACUUUUAAUUACUCAAAUGAAGGUGUCAGAUCUGAAUGAUCUUCUUUCAUCACCUGGAUAUAAAAGAUGCAAACCUCACUAAAAAGACUGGCUCAAGCUUGGCCCAGAUUGGAAAAAGAAAUAGAUGUCUGAGAUAAUCACCUUUAAAAGCAGAGUGAGAGAGAGAGAGAUUUACUGGACGGAGAAAAGAGAGGAAAAGACAGUAAGUGAUUUGUGAUGGGGGAGUGGAAGCAAAGGAUUUAUGUCUUAGAUUGUUGAUGAGAGUAAUGCACCAGUUAGAGAUACCAACCUGCAGUCAGCUUUGUGUGCUCGGCAGUAUAAAUUGUGCUCUGUAGCUCUGCAGAUAGCUGCUGUUUUUAGGUUAAACAAGUGAAUCACAAGCUAAUCACAACCACACAGAAAAAUAAAUCGAUAGAAAACAAAUAAUGUUCUCUAUUAUAUGAGACUUUUUCUUUCUCUCAUUCAUUUUUUUUUAAAGAAUCAUUGUUAUUACAUGGUUAUUACAGGUGAAGCCUCCUUUAGACUUAUAAACACAACAAGAUUACAAAUUUUCUGCUAUGUAUUGGAACUGCAAUUAACAACAAUACCCAUUCAUAUUUGUUCAAAAAAUAUUUUUUUAUUUUCAAAUAAUUUGUUUUCUAGAGUUGGUCUAAAAUCAGUACAAAAAAAAGGUCGUGUUUUGUUUAAUCUAAUGUACAAAAACCAAAGAGACUGAUUUGAAAUUGACAUUAAGGAAAUUAUGAAUGAAUUAUGAUUUACUAUUAGCUUUUUAAUACAGACUAUGAACCCAUGGGGUACAUUAAAAUGAGCAUCAUCCUCUUUGGUAGAAAACAGAACAGUUGGGAUUUAAAAAUGCAAAUUAAUUCAUGGUGCAAUAUCACCAAGUGGAGUUGGCGAAUGCACACUCACUGUGGAUGAGGUAUAAAUAUGAUAUUCAGUUAUAAUAACUACCUCUCAAAAUGUUUCAUUUCAGGUGAAACUACAGCAAUUAAAACUUUACGCUGGUGCAAAUGUAUGGUUUAGUAUGAUAAAUAUAUGGCAAUAUAAUUUUCUCUUUAAAGCACAUUUUUUAAAAGCAGCCAGUCCCCGACAAUUUCAUGAGGCAUGUGGAUCAUCUUUUGAGGCUGUGGUCAACAGCUGAGGACAAACGGGCUGCAGAAGUGUGCGCUGGCUGUUGAAUGACCUGCAUUUCUUCAGAACAGAUUCUGUUUCUUGCAUGUUUGGAAUCCCAACACUUCUUCUGUCAAGAUUGAGUUUUUUUUCUAAAAACUUGUACUGAAGUUGACAAUUUUCAUUUUGCACAUACAAACUUGUGGUAUGAUGUCUUGUCAUAAAUCUAUGACUUCAUUCUUAGUAUAUUUCAAUUGAAGCAUUUUUUAUUCAUCUAUAUAAAUAUUUGUCUCAAAAUCUAUUUUUUUUACUUAUACCAUUGUGGGAUUUUUUUGUGUAAAGUAAUAAAGUAAGAAGUAUUUGAUCAUAAAAGCAUUUGAGUUGAGUAUAAACCUGUCACCAACACUACAUAAUAUUGGAAAAAAGGGUGUAUUUUAACGAAAUCAGGCCUUGUAGUUGUUAUUGUGAGUACGAAUUUGUAUCCAUCUGAUUUUUGUUGUUCUGGACAAUACAGUUCUCACAAAAAAGAGAAAUCAAUACUGGAGUAUUGAUCCUUUUUUAAACCAAAUUUAUGCAAAUUGUCCCAUUGAUUCCGUACUCUCUUUACCCUCUAGACUUGUCCAUAGUGUUUAUGUUAUGUUAGGUUAAAGGGCUGUUCCUGCACAGUAACCAAUUGAGUCUAAUGAGAAAACCUGCUGAGCUGCCAGUGAGUUGGUGGUGUGAUAGUGGAUGACUGUUACAAGAAGGGGCUUAGCUGCUUGUGAACACAGUGUUCUCCUGUAUAUAUCAGCACUGUCACAGCUCCUGAAUAUGACAACAGAGAGGAGGCUGGUUACACAAAGACACAGCUCCCUGUUUUAUCCCUGUUUGCCAUUUGUCAGGCUCUGUCUGCAGAGUAUACACCUGGCUGUUUACGAAGCCAACCAAGAGGUAUUUACUCACACAACUCAGUGUGUAUGUGCCUUCAGAGCAAAUCUAUGCAACUACGUCUGGUUGGGGAUAAUAGCUUGUGCAUCUGUCUUCAUGUAAUUGUAGUUUGGUGACCGCAGACAGUACAUGAUGUUGUGGUUUUGUGCUCGUUGAGGCCAGUUGCUGGUAGAUUUUGUGCAGCUGUCAUGAAGCGCUUGCUCUUGUACUUGUGUUGGCUGUUUACUCAGAUGUUGGCCGGCAGUGUCAUCUGCAUCAUGACCGAAAUAUGGUUUGUCUUUGCGAGAGGAUUCAACAAUAGCCUGUUUGCUAAAAACCAACAUCAGCACUGGGAGGCGGCUCUUCCCUGAGCAAACAGAUUACAACACAAUAAGAAUAUUAAGUUUGCAUUAGAACCUUUCACCAUUACUUUGCACAUUUGAUCUCAUGCAUAAACUUCACUCUUUUUCAUGUUCACAUAAAUCCUCAGGGUGUAUCACAAAAAUAUUUAUAGUAAUCUUAAUUUAACAUAAACAUUCCCACUUUCCAUUCAGAUCAGAUGUGCAUUCGAGUGCCGAAACAUCACGUUUACUUUGCAGACAUUUGAGUUUGAAUAAAUUCUUACUUUAACACCCUUUUUCGAUGUUAUGUAACUUGUAGAGGAAUUGUAAGAGUGAGUCAGCUCAGUGCAGGCUUUAAUGUGCUGAAGUACUCUAGCUACAGUACAGCCUAUACUGCAUUCAAUUAGCUAAUUACUCCACUCAUCACAGCACUGGCAGGACGGCUGAUGAGUUGUAUACCUCACAGCCACACUUAGAAGAGGCAGAAUCAUAACACAAUCUUCAUGAUACACAUAUUAAUUAUACAACAUCGUACAAUUCCUGUCUUUUAUAAUUAUUGUGUACCGAAGGUGUUAUGUAAUCUGCCUGUGUUAUAUGGUGUAGACUUUCUUUGUAAACACAGAGAGGAAGACAGCCAUAUAAAUGGACUAUUCAUAUAGACAAGCCCUGUUAUUGCUUAUCAUAUUUGAAUUGCUCCAUCUAUUAUAGAUGCAUAUCUUAGAAAUUAUGUUUGGUUGUAACUGGCAAGGGUUUUUUGUUGUACAGUGUUUUUAUCUCAACUUUGCAACUUUGUCUUAUAUAUUAACAAAAUUUUCUUUUCAUACAUUUCUUUGGAAAACAAAUAACAGGUCUUUAUGGAUUUUUUUUCAGUAGGUCCAUUUAAAGUAGUUUAUUGUUUACCUUCAGCAUAGUGCAGCCAAUCUAUAGAGGUUGUGAUAUACAAAUUCUACAAUACACGAAAUUAGAAAAGCAGGGUUAGCAACAAAAAGUUCAAAAUAACUUCUUUAUGCAAGUGAAAUGAUAUUUUUUAGGUUUAGCUUUUUAUAAGGUUUUGAUCAAGUUGUUUCUGAAACAUUUCUUUGACUCAAUCCUCUGACAAACCACAUUGCAAAUCAAAUGCCAUUUAUUUGAUUGUUUAUUCCACUGUAGUAUUAUGGCAGCUAACCAGAACUAAACAAAACUUGUUUGACCAGAUGAACUAGGUUGACAACAUUUAAUUGUUUAGUUGAACGUACAGGGGCAGCUGUGGCUUGGUGGCUUAGAAGUACAGUAUGCCGUCUCUUGUUCAGGAGUUUGGUGGGCAGUCCCUGCUAAUGCAAUCUGUGUGUAUGACUGGUAGGAAUGCAACGAGUAGUGUGAAAAAGACCAGAAUAGCACUUUAUUCACCAUCUACACAUGCCCUCCCCUCCUCCAAAACCCAUCUCAGGUGUGGGGCUAUAGUGGUUAGCGCACAGUGGUUGACUCUAAUCCAAAGGGCUAGAAGUUCAAUCCUAUGCCCUACUGUCAACAUGCCAAAAUGUUCUUGGGCAAGAUACUUGACCCCAAACUGCCCCCAGUGGCUGUCCUAGCAUUGUGGGGAUGAUAUUAGCUAAUACUUAGUGACACUUUACACAGCAGCCUCUGCUAUCAGUGUGAAUUUGCUGCGAAUGGUGGAUGUGAAAUGUAAUAUAUAAGUACUUUCAUUAAGGAGAAGUAUUUUGGCCAGAAAUGAGAAAAAGACAAGAGGGAGCAGAUUUUUUUCUUUCUGCACUUUGAGGAACAAGUCAAACUGUUCAGAGGAGAGAUGUUUACUAAAGUGAAAGAGACAGUUGGAACCUUACAAAUGAUUGGUCGACUGGUUGGUCGAUGAGCUCUCGUCCAACCAAAAGCUCAUUAGUUGAACUCUUCCUCAUAAUACUUUCAUAUGAAGAAUAGCUUGAACUGGAACAUUAACAAUGGCCUAAUAGUUUGAUUGCUCUGUUUUCUUUUUUACACUAAUCUGCAGUGAUGUUGUUGUGUUCUUCUCAUAAAUUAUACCCUGCCGUCUUUGAGACUGUUUUAGCCAGUUUUAAAAUUAUUAGUGAUCAUAAAGUCCAAACAUUUAAUAAUAAUAAUAAUGCAUCAGAUUUCAUAUAGCGCUUUAUCAGAGACCCUCAAAGCGCUUUACAUUGGAUACAUCAUUCAUUCGCUCACACAGUCACACUUUGGUGGUGGUGGAAACGUGGCUGCCAUUCUGCGCCUACGGCCUCUCCGACCACCACCACACAACACUCACAAUCAUACACCAGUGGAGGACACACACACUGGGAGCAAGGUGGGUUAAGUGUCUUGCCCAAGGACACAACGGACAGACUUGGAUUAGGGGGGAAUCGAACCGCCAACCUUCCGGUCAUUGGACGACCGCUCUACCUCCUGACCCCUGUUCUGUCAUCAGAUUUACUUUAUGUCAACUGAACUAGUCAUCUUAAGCUGUUUUGUUGAGUAAAUUUUAAAAUAAUAAUAAUAAUAAAAAAAUCUACAUGACUGGCCUGUUUAUUAUUGAGAGCAAAAGCUUCAAUUUUUUUAUCUUUUUAAAAUCAGUCUGAUGACAUAAUAUGUGUAGCUGUUUGGUCUGAAAAUAUCCAGAGUGGGCUUGAUUAAGUGGGUCCUGUUUACUGUCAUCUCUCUAUAAAAUGAGACAAACAUUUGUAUGGAGUUAUUUUCUAGAUAGUUUUGAAUAUUAAGAGUUAUAUUGAAGGACAUUACAAUUGUUGUUUCAGUGCAACAUAAGAGGUUAAAAAUAGUUUAUAAUGCUGCAAAAAUCUUGUUGUGUUUUACAGUUUCAAAAUAUCAUUUAGUCCACCAACCCGAGUAAAUUGACAGCACUUUUCUGAGGUCGAUUUGCAGUUUUAACUAUAUUUCGAAGGACUGUUUAGUUGAUGAGUGCGUAAUUUCAGGGGGCUAAGCUUUUUCUAUUGUUGACAAGACUACAGCGUAGGUGACAUUACAGUUUAAAGAUCGUUGGCAUUUUUUCUUGACACUGAAUUUCAACUUCUUUCAAGAUUAAAUUUAGACUUUCUUCAGAAAUGAUGGAUAACAAAAUAUUCCUCCCUCUUGCCCUUAUACUCUUUCCUUGUAUAAGUGAUCUAAAUCAUGUGCAAUCGUAUCGUAUCAUAUCGUAUCGAUCGUAUUGUAUCGAAUUGCAGGAUUACAGAAAAUUAAAGAUCUACAUUUAGUAGUGAAGCUAACAGCGACCUCAACGAAUACACUGCUGACAAGUACCCCAAGCACACUUCAAAAGAUGAUGUUUGCUUUGACAGAGUACAAACAGUAUUUAUGAUUCUUAAUUAGAUUCAUAGGUUCUCCAUUUUUUUGCGGUGACUCCAGCAUUGUUUCAGCCACAUAGUUGAACUCAACUCAAAUCCAUAGCUAUUUUCAACAUUAAUGAAGUAACUGUAAAUCAGGCCAAUGAAACGCGCAUAUCCCCUCUAUUGAUAUGUGAAAGGUGAUUAAUGACACUAUUCACUUCAAUGCGAGCCAAUGAAUCACAGUGUAACACUGCAAUCUUGAUAAGAGCCAUAGAGAGAGAAUCAAUAAUAGCAAAGCAGGAAAGUAUGUCUUGGGAGUCUGGCAAUACUGAUGAAAAUGGACGCAUUUUCACUCAUCCAUCAACGUGCUUACUAAUCAGCACAGUUCUCCAAUCAGCACUGAGGCAAAGAGCACGCAAAACUCGAACUCAUGAAUAGUUUAUGCAGCUGAACUGUUUCUUUUUUUGGGGGGGGUGGGGUUGAAAAAUAGCCACAUUUCACCUGGUUCGCAGCUGUGAGCUUUAUUGUCUGCUCCAAAUAAACACACACACACACACACACACACAUACACACACACACACACACACACACACACACACACACACACACACACACACACACACACACACACACACACACAGCCAACAGCUCUCUGUGCUGUCAUGUAAAGUCAGAUCGCCAAAAACAAAUGACCUUUUGCGGCGAAAUCUUCAGGUAAAACAUAAAUGUGUUCAGCCAGUGUUUGGAUGUCUGCCAACACCCUAUCUCCUCGAGUAUAUUGUCAUAUCUUUGUGAUUCUCCUCCGCCAUGAGUGAAUCCAGAGUUAGAAUGUAAGGUUAAUAGAGGCCACGCUGUCCUUGGCUGCAUUGAUUACAGCGGGGGCUACAACUAAUGAUUACUUUCUUUGUGGAUUUUAUUCCCUAAUUAUUUUCUUAGUCAUGUGUCAGAAAACUGUUUGAAAACCCUAAUGAGGAUUUCCAGAUCUCACUGUGAUGUCUUUAAAUUGUGUGUUUCAUUCAUAAACCUCAAAAGAUCUUUAAUUUAGUACAUGAAAAAUUCACAUUUUAAAGACAGAGAUGUGUUUAUGUUGAAGACAGACACAGUAUGUAUGCAUGGCUGUAGGUCUACUGAGUAUAAGUGCUGGUGCUGCCCCCAACAUUCAGCUUUCUGCAUGGUUCAAGUCUGUCUUCUACCUUUUUUAAAAGCACGGAAAUCUUUGACAGAAAGCAUUUCAGCUCACAUGGUGUAGCAGAAUAUUUUGGUUUAGUUGUUCCGUUCCGUUUAAGCUUCUUGUGUUAGUGACAUUUUUUUUCUCAUGCACCCUUUUACUCGAAUGAAUUUCUCAAACUCAAGACUCUGACUUCGUACAUAGUUAUUUUAAUGAUAAGACAUGUUUUCAUGACAGAACAGAUGAAGCCCCUAAAACUGCUCCUUACUUCUUAUGUCUUGUUAUAAUUCUGAGUUAUGAGAAAUGAGAAAAAAGGUGAGACUGAUGUUUUAAAGCUUGUCCUUACAACUUCAGACACUCACAAAAAUCAAGGAUGAGUAUGUCAACUUCAACCGCUCACCUUCUCUAUGUCUCAAAUUUUUUAAAAUCCUAGUGUCCUAAUAAAAUCCUAAUGAUAAGACAUAUGUUUUCAUGAAAGAACAGAUGAAGCCUCUAAAACUGCUCCUUACUUCUUAUGUCUUGUUAUAAUUCGAGUUAUGAGAAAUGAGAAAAAAAAGUGAGACCAGGGGCCUCAUGUAUCAACACUUGCGUGGAACUCAUACCAGAAACGAGAGCACGCAAGGUCCGUCACGCUGAAAAAAAUCCGUAUGUAUCAAUGUGUGCGGGCGCCGAAAUCCACGUGUGUUUCCUUGAUAAAUCCCAAUCAGCGUGGAAUUGAGCGCAGAUGUCGGAGUGACUGGGCCCGUCCCCGUUACGCCCUCCUAUAAAUAUGCAGAUUUAUUUAAAUAGGGUCUCCCUGUCCUCGCACGCAGACAAAAUGACAAGAAAAACUACAUUUACGGCGUGCGAGGUGGAGGUGCUGGUGGCGGAGGUGGAGGAGCGACAGCGUGUUUUGUUUGGCAGCCUGUCCAGUGGCGUCAGUGCAAAACAAAAACGCUUGGAGUGGGAGAAAGUUUGCGAGAGGGUGAAUGCGGUGGGUUCCGAGACACGCAUCCCCGCGGAGAUUAAAAAAAAGUGGUCGGACCUCAAGGUGGAGGUCAAGCGGCGUACAGCUGCCCUCCGGAGGAGUACCGGCCAGACAGGUGGGGGUCCGGGGGAGGAGACCCUCACACCGUUUGAGCAGCGGGUGGUGGCGAUGGUUCUUACAUACAUCUAGUGAUGCUUUUCUUGGACACAUCCUCAGUGAUAGUGCCUGAGCUCAUCGGGGGUUUCGGGUCUUUCAACUUCAGACCCCCUCACUCAGGUGACCCGACCGGGGUGAUCAGUUCCCGGCCCGUGUCCAAGAAGCACUCAACCACUGCUUAUCCCUCUGGAUCCACAGCCAUUGCGAGGCUCUCUCUGCAGCCUCAGAGGCUGUAGAGAUGGCUCUCCUCUUCCGUGCCCCUGUGAUGCCCAGGAGACUGUAGGCCUUGCAGAGUGAUUUCCCUGCAAAGCCUCUUCCCCCCACCUCAAUCGGUAGGCAUCGUGCACGCCACCCCCGUUUGCGGCACUCCUCCACCAGCUCUGCAUAUUUCUCUCUCUUUCUCUCAUUUGCUUCUUCCAUUCUCUCCUCCCACGGCACUGUUAGCUCCAACAUGAUGACUUGCUUGGAUGUCUCUGAGACUAGGACGAUGUCUGGCCUAAGUCUGGUUUCCACAAUGUUUUCAGGGAAUUUCAGUUGUUUUCCCAGGUCCACCCUUAGCUGCCAGUCCUUCGCUGUUCCCAGGAGGCCUGACUGGGCUUUAGGUCGGGGAGGUGGUUGAUCUCCGGCUCUUACAAAGGAGAUUUCACGCCUUGAUGGUUGUAAGCGUUUGCUCUGGAAGAUGGCAGUGUUGAUGGACUCAGCAACCGCCUUCAGCACACGAUCAUGGCGCCAGCGAUAGCGGCCUUCACCAAGUGCUUUAGGACAGCUGCUGAGGAUGUGCUCCAGGGUUCCUCUUCCUUGGCACAAGGGACAUGCUGGAGUUUCAACCUUGCCCCAACAGAAGAGGUUCGAUGGGCUGGGCAGGACAUCAUAGACAGACUGAAUGAGGAAUUUAAUGCGGAGGGGUUCAGCCCUCCACAGCUCGUUCCACGAGAUUUUUCUGUCUGUGGCUUCCUCCCAUCUGGUCCAUGCGCCCUGUUGCCUCAAUCCCACCCACUGGCUUGCACGCUGCUCUUCAAUUCCGGCCCUCACCUCGAGCUGGACCUGGUCCCGCCUCUCCUUGCCCUUGAGCUUGUUGUACCGGGUUGUUGGAAUGGUUCCCAGUCCUGCACGGCCGGCAGCCACCGAUCCCACGAGGUCUCUGUGGCACAGCCGUGAUUCUGCCUGGUCCACAGCCUCCUUCGCUCUCCACUUUCUGCCAGUCCUCACCUCAAUUCCUGCUUGGGAAACCUUUGGGUCCUUGGAUUCCCUGUACUGGAGAACCUCCCUCGCUCUGGCAACCAUGAACUCCUCGGUGAGGCUGUUUAUGGGGAGAGUCAGCUUGUUCUUGUUGCCGUAAAGGGCGAUGCUGCUUAGGCUUCUAGGCAGACCCAACCAUCGUCGCAGGCGGCUGCUGACCCUCCUCUCAAACCCUUCCACAGUGGAGAUGGGAAACUCAUACACCAGCAAUGGCCACAGAAUCCUAGGCAGGAUGCCAUGCUGGUAUACCCACGCCUUGAAUUUCCCCGGAAGACCUGACUUGUCGACUGUGGUCAGCCAACUCUCCAGCUGUUCGUUGGUCGCCCUGAUGGAAGCGGCAUCCUUUAGGGAGCAGUCAAAGGUUUUUCCGAGGCUCUUCACGGGCUUCUCUGUGACUGAUGGAAUGUGGGUACCCCCUAGAGAGAAGUGGAACCGGUCAGUCACCUUCCCUCUCUUCAGGACUAGAGACCUGGAUUAUUAUUAUUGGGUAAGUGGCGUGUCGCACAAAUGUCCACAUGCUUUGUCAUCCCACUGAGCAAAAGACGUAUAUUAGACGUCUAGUCUAAGUUUAUACUUCAUUUCAACGUCAGGAUUCUGUCUAUUUUUAGACGUGAUUUAUACUUCGCCCUUAACUUCAUUUUUCGAUAACUUUUUAUGCAAUAAACAACUGUAAUGUGCAUAACUGACCUCGAAAUACUGGAUUACAUUACCUAUGAUACCGUGGAGAGAGAUGUAAACGCAACAGAUACACUGAAGCAGGAAUUGAAAUGAACUAAUAUUUUUAUUGUGUCACAGAAAUUAAUGUGUCGGCCGUGUCGCCGGCUUGCGGAACCCUGGCCCGCGGCAGCCCGUCCGCCGGCUCGGAGUCGUCGGCCAGGACCAGCGGCAUUCGGGCCACCCCGGCCCCCGGCCCCAGCACCAGCAUCAGCACCAGCGCGCCGACAAGCGGUGGAGCGUCCACCAGCCGCGGCGCUUCCGCUGGACCACCCGGACGCAGUGGAAGGGUCCUCGCGGAGGGGGUCCUGCAAUCGCAGGAAGAAAUCAUCAGGGGGAUCGCGGGGAUCAACGAGCGGCUGGACCGGCUCGUAAAUUUCCUCGAGCGUCUGGUGGAGAAAAUAAAUUAAUUUGGCUCAUUGAACUGUGUAUUCACUUCUUACCCAUUCACACUGUGGCGAUGAGAUUCUCCCGCGCGAGGACGGCGGCCCGGCAGGGAUCAGCUCGCAUCCCUCCGUCUGCUGCUGGUUCGUCAUGUGGGGCGACGUGCUGCCCGGCCACGGGGAUGUGGUGCACGCUUGUCACAUAGUGAGUCACCAAACACCGCCACACAGCGUCGCCAAAGUGCAAAUCAAAGUCAACGCAAAUAUCCAGCUCAACGCCAAUUUCUACACCACCUCCUGACUUUGCGUUGUUUAGCGCUGGAACCGACGCUCGUUUCGCGAUGAUAAAUCUGGACGUGUGCGCCAAUUUUGGCGUACGCAAGGUUUUCUUGCGCCGCAAGCGUUGAUACAUGAGGCCCCUGAUGUUUUAAAGCUUGUCCUUUCAACUUCAGACACACAAAAAUCAAGGAUCAGUAUGUCAACUUCAACCGCUCACCUUCUCCGCAUAUCAAAUUCUUUUAAAUGCGAGUGUUAUUAAUGAUAUUUCUUACCACAGGGGUUUACUUUAGCACCGUGGUCUUUUAAAAAUAGCAGGGAUGGAUCACAUGCUCUUAAAGGUCUCAUCUUGCCGUGGCAAAGAUGAAUUCACCUGAAAUCUUGAAGCAGGAGUAGUAUUGAUUCUCAUGUUCUCGAUGUGCUGUUGUGUGAUGUAAAUUGAUCUUUUGUGACUGGACGAUAAGUGGUACAUGAUCCUGACACUACCCGACAGUAAUCAUGGAUGGGAUAGUGUGUAGGAUUCACCUUUAACCUGGAUGAUACUGAGGCUUUAAGUGUGAGCUGGUCUAUUUUCUAACCUUUUACGGGGUGUUUUUAUAAUCUGGAAGUCUUACUUUGGCUCUUACAGGAACAUUUUAUGUUACAUGAACCUCCUUUUUCCGAGUGAUACAUUAAGGGAGGCUGGAGUUGUACGAUGGGCACACAGAUGGUGUUGAAAUUGCCUCAAAGGCGCAUGAUAUGUGGUACUUUUCCAUCUCACGCCCACACCAAAGUCUGUCACUUGCAAAAUGCGGCUGAACACACGCAGACACACAUACACGUGUUAUCAGCAGGUCCCUGAGCUUGUUUGAUAUACACAACAGCUUGAACUGUAGAUUGAAAGCAGUUGUCAGGGAGACAUUGUCAGCCUAUUGAUGGUUAGGUCACAGACUUAGUAACCGUAAGUGAAAUCUAUCCGAGGACAUCUCGACCUGAGUGAGUAUCAAAGGUGAAACAAAGGGGAAAGUGAUAAAAACAAAAGAUUGAUUGUUGAGCACAAACAGGAAAUCUGCUUAUAAUAUAUCAAGUGAACACAAGUGUACACAAGACUCAUGUCUGGUCUGUUUUAUUAAAACCAAAGGCAUAACACAUAUAAAUGUGUGAACUCUAACAGUCUGCGGCAAUGCAAAUAUCUUUGUUACAGGGGCGGCUCAAUACAUCAGGAUAUACAUGAAACUUUUUUUGUUCCUAAUUUAGUCCAAAAUUUAUUUUUUUUGUUUCAGUUUUGAUGAUAAAGGCUUAGAGAUCAAAAAAAUCUAAAAUCAUAAAUUAUUAGAAUAUUUCCUAAGCUCACAUAAAAUGAAGGAUUUAAACACAAACACUCCUUCAUAGUCAUACACAUUUUAAGACCUCACAAUCCAUGUAUGCACGGUACAUCUUGGCUGUUUUGAUAAUAAAGGCUUAGAGAUCAUAAAAAUCUGAAGAGAUUUUAAAGAACAUAAAAAUUAUGGAUUAUUAGAAUAUUUCCUAAGCUCACAUAAAAUGAAGGACUCAAACACAAACACUCCUUCGAACUCAUACACAUUUUAAGACCUUACAAUCCAUGUAUGCACGGUAGAUCUCUGCUGUUUGACGUUAAGCGUCUGCUGUGUUGCUUUUUUCUUAAACAUGGCAUCCUAACUCCGUCUCUCGGUUGACUUACUCUACCUUUGUGUUGUUUUGGCAUUAUGAGUGAUGUCUUGUCUCAGUCAUGAGGAAUAUACUUGCCUUAGAGAUAAGUAGCAUCAUCCAGUACCUAUGCAGUUAGUUGCGAAAUCUCUGAUAUAAGAGGAUCCUACUUUUGUAGAUGUAUAUGGUACUGAGGGAGAAAAUACAAUACUUGUGUAAAAUGAGAGCAUUAAGUUUAGGAUAUUAACAUUUAUGUUCUUUAUAGUCAUGGGCAGUUUGGGCCUGUUGUUUGCCUGUUGCAUUGAUUAGGCUUUAUGCAUAUGCUGUUGUCCUAUUGGCUUUAUUGGGUUGGGACCUUCAAAGUCCGCUGGAGCAGUUUGCAGCUGAGUAUGUUGUGGUAGAUAUUUUAGCUCAGGUUGAGCUUGGGGUUAUCCAAGUGGAAGAAGUCAGGUAUCUAGGGGCUUUUAUUCAUAAGCACUGGUAAAAAGGAUUGUGAGAUACUGCUGUUUAGGGGCACCGGCUGCUGUAAUGCAGGCUUUGUAUCAGCCUUUAAGUAGUAAAGACAGAGCUUGGCUAUAAAGCAAAGCUCUCAAUUCAGUUCCCACUCUUAUCCGCAGUUAAGAUCUCUGGGUAGAGGUAGGAAUAAUGAGAUUUUGGUUACUACUUCUUGAAAUGAGCUCCCUGUCUUCACUUCAUUUGGUAGGAACAGGAAGUAAAGAUUUGGGGUGCUGUUUUUAAUCUCUUUGGCAUUGUCAGGAGUGAGUUGAUGAGGUUUUGGCACUAAGCAAGGAUGGCUCUUGACUGCUGCAGAGUGCCCAGUGUUCCCUCAAGACAAGCUAGAGAUGGUUUUAAAGGGAAAGAAUAUUUGGAUUGCCCAGCCAGCCAAGAACAAGUUUCUUAAAAUUGGGUGGUCAUUUAGUUUUUUUUUCUCUUACUUUGUAUUAAUACUUGGAUUUCCUCUUUUCCUUCCACAGAUAACCAAGCAGCAGCUUCAGCAGACCAAGGAUCGUUUCCAAGCCUUCCUCAACGGAGACACACAAAUUGUGGCUGACGAAGCAUUCAUCAACGCAGUGCAGAGCUACAAUGAGGUACAAAUAGAUUAUACGAAUGAUGAACAUGUAAAAAAAAGAGAAUACUUUACUAUGAGGGAAGCGAAAGCGCCAAGGGUCAAAACAUCCAAUUUGGUUCUAAAACGAUGACAAUAUUUUAACCAUUUUGAAGAGGAUUUUAAGAUUUUAGGCUGGAAGGAAGGGUCCAAGGAAGGGUUAAUUGUACAGUUUAAGUCUCCUCCAAAAAUGAGGAAGCGUGAGUUUAAGUCGGGUAAGGAUGAGAUUAUUUUUUCAAUGAAUUUCUCAUCGUCCCAGUUGGGUGCAUACAUUAACCAGGAGUACAGGUUUGUGAUAAAGGGAUCCGAAGAUGAUAAUAAAAUGGCCAUGAGGAUCAGCUAUAACGUUUGUGACACUGAAGAGCAACUUCACAUUUUAAAAGUUUAAAUUGUGCAAAUAUUCUAGCUCACUUUACAGGUCCAUUCAAACCCUUGACAUCCCAUGAAAUAAAUCUUACAGAUUACUCUCGAGGUACAAAUAAACCACAACCAUAUAAGCCCCAUUACAGUUCGAACUGUCCUGUUAUCCAAACUCAGAAACGUUUAAACUGCUAUCAUAGGAUCUUCAAAUGUUUAAAGGAAAAGGGAAAUUUUAAGACUACAUUUCAACUCCUAUCUGUUACAAUUCUGUGAGGUAUGUUUUAAGUACUCGAUAAUGUAUGCACCAAAUCCUCGACUUGUUAUGUAGCUCAUUUAAAAACAGAAAAGCAACUAGCUCUGUCUAAAAAGCUGAUGAAAAAUGACACGGUCCUCUCGCUUUUCCAUGUCGAAACGCUUGUAUUCAGACAACUGAGUGGUAAAAUGGUGGCUGAAGCUUUUCACUGCACAGAUUAUGAGUCAGAGCAUGUGGCUGACACAGCCAUUUUUCCCGCCUCCCUAUUCAAUCCACAGAUGAGAAGUCAUUAUCACCAUGCAAUGCAUAUAGUAAAAAUGGCACAGCAGAUUGUGGAAAACUUAAAAGCUAAACCGCUGAUGGAAAAACAGACCAGCGACUGGAAAUAGACGACUAUGAGGAAACGCAUGUACAGACAGGCGGAGAAGUUAAUUAGAGGUUACCUUAUACCUCCAGUAUGAGUUUAUUUAGUGAAUGUAAAACUACUCUGAUAUCAAGCUGGAGGUGAGGAUGAAAUUAAAUGCACUGUUAACUAAAGUCUUCACCUAAAAUUGACCUGAUGAAGCUUUUACAAUUUGCGUUAAAUUUUAUUAAAUACUUACUUACACAGAAAAGACUAUCAUUCUAUGCAAUGAUUAUGUUUUCAUAAAGUCAAGCCAAUAUAACUGUUUUAAUUUUAUAUUAGACUUUCUUCUUAAAAUUAGUCAUAUCGAACCUUAAACUCUAUAAACAUAAAUAAUAAGUUCUUGAAUCAACACUGAUGGGUUUAUUCUACUCUAUGACCAUGUUUGACAUAUUAAGUCUUAUUACUUUCUACCACUAAAAGGUAAAAGUGCUUCAAAGCAAGAGUGACAGGACAAAUUAGGAGUGGAAUAUAACAUACUGAUCUUUAAAUGCAUCAAAGAUUUCUUUUACAAAUGACAAUGAACAAGAGUUUACAUUCUUUUGAAUACAUUUACCAACAUUUCUCAUCAAGCAUUGUGAUUGUGUUAGCAUAAUUAUAUCUUGAUGCAUUAGUGAUUAAUUAAUUAUUCUUGUUGUAUGGUAAUAAGGCUGUUUUAGAUUUACCGUGACAGUCUCAAUAAUGGACUUUCUCUGUAUACUGAGCUCGGAGCGCAUUUGACAUAAAUUUUGAAAGCAAACCGUCAAUUUAUACGUAAAUAUGUACAUCUUAUUGACUAUAAACAGAGAUGCAUUGACUGAAAUAGCGAGGAGAACUAUUAUUAGCUUAAAUACUGGAGAUCUCAGGUUGCUGUGUAUGCUGUUUUUAGCAAAAAACCAAAUGCUGCAGUCUGCAGAGUUCCAGCUGGGAAACCAAGGACUGACCUAACAUCUUGUUAAUUUCAGCCUGCAAACCUUCGUUAUCCACUUGUACAUGCACUCAGUGACAGGGGUAAUGUAGCACUGUGCUGUAGUGUUUCAGUACAGCAGUCGCAGCUUUUUAGCCAUUAUGGAUGCUAAGAACAAAAUGUGAGUGCAGCCAGAAUGACAGCGCAGUCAGCUCUGAUGGUUACUUUUUUUUGAUGCUCUGACAAUAUAGCCUCUCCUGUCUGUGUCCCAGCUACUCUGUCAGUUGCCGCAGACAGAAUGCAGCUCUGUACGUGCUGAUGGUUGUAGACCUGCCAUUCUUUUUAUUCAAAAUGAACAUCAACUGUUGUUUUUGGUUUCCUCCUGCUGACAGACAUUUACUGUUUGAGACAGAAAGCAACAGAAAAGCCUCUCACAGCUCUGCACCAAGUAUUGAGUUUGUCCAGAAGUCUUAAACAUAAAAUCAUUACUCUUAUUAACAUUAUUAUGUGCCUCACCAAGAGAUUUAGAUCUCUUUAAUGAUUACUAAAACUGUUUUCUCAUGACCCAGGUGUUCCUGAAGAGCGACCGUGUGGCCAAGAUGGUUCAAAGCGGCGGCUUUUCGGCCAGUGAUUUCAGAGAGGUGUUCAAGAGGCACAUCGAGAAGCGUGUGCGCAGCCUUCCGGAGAUCGACGGCCUGAGCAAGGAAACCGUGCUAAGCUCCUGGAUGGCCAAGUUUGACACCAUCUAUCGUGGAGACGAGGAUCCCCGCAAGGCACAGCAACGCAUGACUGCCAGUGCGGCGUCGGAGCUGAUUCUCAGCAAGGACCAGCUGUACGAGAUGUUUCAGAAUGUCCUUGGCAUCAAAAAGUUUGAGCAUCAGCUGCUGUAUCAAGCCUGUCAGGUAAGAUGAGAAGCUCUUCAGGUUACACAACUGAGGGCUUUUUAUGCCAACAAUAAUACCUGCUUUUUACUUCAAACAUGUGGACUUGAGGUGCUAUUACAAGGUUAUUUUUGCACAUCAGAUCGAUAAAAUAUUUAAAAUGAUGCCGAUCACAUCUUCUUUAGGGGAUUCGGACUCAAAAAAAAUAUCCCUACAGUUUCUCAAAGAUACAGUGACGUCAAGAUGUGGACGGGAAUUAGAUUUCCUGGCAUUUAAAGGGACUGCAGGAAAUUGUUAUGUACUUAUUUUCUUUAAGAUUUAUUUUAGGGUUUUUCUUUUAUUUGAAGAAGACAAGAUAGUGGACAGAACAGGAAAUGGAGGAUAGAGAAUGGGGAGUGACAUGCUGGGAAGGGCCCAGGGCAGGAAACAAACCUAGGCAGGCAGCUUGAAGCAUAACCUCUGUACUUGAAGGCUUGUAGACUGUUAGAGCUUAAUAAUUUGUUUUUAAAACCAGACAUCUUUACCAUCUGCUAAACUGUUCUUGCCUCUCAUUAAUUUAUAAUAAAAACUACACUUACAUGAUUUUUUCAGUACAGAAGGAAUUAAGAUCAGGUCAGAUACUUUUGCUUCAUGAAUAAUGCAUAAUCACAACUGGAAUAUAGUUCAAUGUAAAAAGAUAAUGAAUUAUUGAUUCGAGUAAACGCAUGACAAAAACAAAUGUAAUCCAGUGUUUGUAGAUACUGUGUGUUAAGUGUUAAUUUUACCUGAGGCAAACAGUAAAUCAGAGGAAAGACACAAGGAUGGGUCAGAACUGAACCAGAGAUACUGUGAUGUGAUGGGUACAGUAGAAGUUACUGUAACUUCAUAACUUCUGAAGCUUGAUUGUAUUAUCACAGUUUCAAGUGUUUGUUAUUUUUGCUGCAGAGAGCAUCUUCCUCUCAUUAAAGAUGGUAUCUUUCAGUCUAUUUCGAGCUGAAACUCUGAGCACGACCAGGCUCAGACCAUGGACUAUAUACAGAAUGGACAACAUACCUUUAUUUCUGCUUGUUAUGAGACAUAUAUACAGCCUAUAUAGGCACUGAAACAUUACACAGGUGCAGCCAAAGCAUGCACAGAGAGUCCUGAUAUCAAAACCUUUCUGCUCACAAAAACACACAUUGAACGUACUGAUGAAAUGUCUAUGAACCCUUAGGUUAGUUCAGUUCACAAUGGGAUAGAUUCUUGUGUUGAUUUACAGCAGAGACUAAUGGCUAUGGAAAAUUCAAUGAGUCUUGUGUUAGUGUUUGUUUUCUAUAGCUGUUCCUCUCUGGCUCUGAUGCCGUAGAGGCCACUGCAGGAGUCCACAUUUAUCUGCAGAGUUGUCAGUCAGUCGUUUGUUGAAAAUCAAGUUACGAUUUCAAACUAAACUUGUCAGAUGAGUGAAAACAAAAUGAUCAAACCUGGCUUUUACCUCGAAUCUUUCCUCAGAGUACACAGUACCCCCCUCAGCAAUAGGUGCUGAUAGGUGCUAUGUUCCAGCGCUCAUUGGAUGUGAUGACAGUGACUCUGCCUACCAUGACAUUAUGCGCAUGUUGUCUAUAAAAUGGGAGGUGUAUUGAGAAAAUAUGCAAACACAAUAAUAACCACAUUAAUGAUGAUGACUAUCAAACGAUUCAGAGUGCGUUCAAUAUUUUCCAAGGACAAGGAUUCAGAGAUUGAUUAGACCAAUUCUAGAUGAAUGUUUCUUCACAGAACACACCACAUCAGCAUAUUAGAUUGUAUGGGAGAUACGUUGAGAUAGCAGGUUGAUAAUAAUGGACAUGGGGUUGAUUGUGUCAGACAUAACUCUUUCCCUUGCUGUCUUCCCUGCUUUACUGCUCUCGGUGGGACGCUGAAAGAAGCGCUAAUGCAUUCUUUCUCGAGCAGCUUGAUUAAAAGUCUUAUCACGGCAGUAUUUGGAGGGAUUGGACGCAUUCGCAUCUGCUGGUGUACCUCUUCAUUACGUGUAGAUCUAUUUGAACACAGCUUUGGGAAGCCAUUGAUUUUGGUGUAGACCUGGUGUCAUCCUUUUCUCAACAGAAGCUAACAUAUAAAUCUGUGCUGAUGGUACGAGACAUGCUGUUUGAAAAAUUACAUUGUUCGGUAUUGCUCAAAUGUCUCAGCUGGUGGAAAUCAAUACAAGCACUGUUCUGCAGUGUUCAUUUGUUAGACGCUUCGAAUGCAUUGCAAUACAUUGCUGUAACCUCAAGCUCUGAUGAGAAUUUUUUUUCUCCCGAGCUGUUGAGGGUGUGUAACCUACAAUUUUUAUUCCAUGCUGGCAACAAAACUAUUAGUACAGGACUGGGAAUUUCUAUGUAAAACAUACUGCUGUUUCUGUGAACGUAUUCUCUCUGAGCACUGCAAGGGCUACAGGGGAACGCUCAACAAUACCUGAUUAAAAAGGCAUACUAUAGAGAUAGGUACAGCUACAUACUGUGGUUUGAUACUGUUACGUCAAUUCAGGUUAUGCAGGAAGAUUAGUUGAAAAUUUACCUGUGAGAAUGGCAUACUUUUGCUUUUCUUCCACUCCUCCCUCUUUUUUUUUUCGCUUUCUCAACUGAUUUUAUGAAGCACCCACCUGCCUGUGCUUAUGUUGACUUGAAAAAUCUCUGUAAGCAACCAGCAGCCAUAUAUAUUGCCCUCGACUAAAUGAUAAAAUCCUCACUAAAAAAGGAGAGGCAGCAAUCCAGUCAGUGCAGCUCAGGGCUGCUGGGAUUUGAUGAAAGGUUUUCAUGGAUUGGCUGGGAUUCAGAGGCCAUCAUUUUUUAGCGGUUAUUGCUUAGGGAUUAACAUUUUUUUUUUUGCAGUUACAUCCGAAUAGUAGAAAGUGGGCACUAGACUAUUUCGGUCUCAUGCUGAAGUAAGAGCAGCCCCCUGGAAAUGACUAACAGACUGAUUAGACUGGUAUGGCCAGCGGGGGCACUAGGCAGAGUCAGAGCAUGCUCCCGUCCCCUGUGGCUGCACAGUUAUUUAGCUGUGGUGACACCAAGCAUAACCCAACAACUGUAAUAAAAUAUGCUUGGUGUUUACAUCUCUGAGCAGUUUUUUGAACCACAAGUGAAUGAAUAAAUGAAUACAGCUUUUUGUUACUUUUUGAUGUUGCAUGAAUAACAGAGAGUUAGGGUUCAAGAACCUGCAACUUCCUAUUGUCAAUGGAGUAAAUAGCCAGCUGACACAUUUCAAUGAUAAUUUGUAUUUUCAAAAUAAUCUUAGGCCUUUGCUAUAAAUGCAUUUUCAAAAAGUAGAGCACAUUAAAAAAAAACGUUUUCUACAGAAUGAUUUUUAACACUCUCUCGCUCAGUAUCAUAAUCUAUGUAUUAUUCUCUCAUGAAAAUAUUUCUAGAUCCACUAUUUGUUCAAUAAGUGGUUGGAGGUAAAAUAUAUAAAAAAGUAAUGCCAACUUUUCAUUCUGUUUUUAGAAGGUAGUUUUGAGCUCCAUCAGGAACAAAUGGGGUGUUUCAGAACAAUGACUUAUUUAAGUCAGUGAGUUUUUUUAGUUUAGUGUGGAAGUUUUCUAAUUUCUUGAAGUUUAUUUAUUUCUAAAAGUUAUAUAUAGUAAGUAUGUUUUGAUUUAUAACUUAAACUGAGCAUGCUUUCCUCAACAGUGUAUUCAACUGCUGUUAGUUUUGAGGUUACUUCACCACAGCGCGACUCCUCAUGUGACCACUAGAGGGCAGAGCUCCUCCACCGACCUCCUUGGAGUAAACGUUAACAAACAGUUGCUUACCGUACUGACUUGGAUCAACGUUGGUAUUCGUUUUGAGUCUUGCUUUUGGAUUGCCGGAGAAUUUAAGUCCAUAUCCGCUGUUUUCGGGCUUUGUUUUGCUCUCCAACAAGAUCUUCUAAAAGGUUUGUGUGAAGGCUCGCUUGUUCCGUGACCGUUAAUCCAUGCGCGGUGCUCGGUUGACUCGCAAACUUUAUGGAGGAUAUAUAAUGACAUUUCUGGAUAUUCUUCUACCGACUAGCUGUUUGUUUCUUGCGUUUAUUUGACAAUGUGUUCAUACAGAUUUCACUUUCUCACUGGCGGUUUGUUGGCGAAAUGUUUGCCGGAAGGGAAACCGAGAUUUAAAUCCAACGUCACGUGACGGGAACGCGUCUAUGGUAACGCCUCUACGGUAACGUUCCGCGCUCUCCUUUCCUUCGCGUGAAAGGUUGUACUCCGCCAACCGGCGAAACUCAUAUAUUCGUCCUCAACUCUUGAAAGGGAAUUUAGUCUGUCAUAAGUUUGAUUAGAAUUGUUUUCAGACUGAAAAAGAUCAUUUAAAAUUAUUUUUAUACAUCAAUUGUGGUAUCUAUGAGGUACAACAUGAGGUCAAAAACCUAGCAUAAAAUUCCACCAUUUUAGCUUAGAGGACUAAGUUGAGCCGUAUCCCUACUACCCCCCCACAUCUCCACCCCAGCCCUCCCUCACCUUCUCUCUCCCUAAAUAACAGUCACUUCUUCACAUUCAUGUGUACUUUUUUAUCUAUUAAACACUAUUCAACUGGUACAGUAACUGGUAUUGUAACUGGUACUUACCCCAUACAGAGGGUAAGUUGACCAUGGGAGACCACUUUUUUUUUGGCAUGCUAUAUUACCAAGACAGUUAUGUUUACACUCAUUCUGUUGGUUUGCAGGGAUUCACAACAUUUUGAAAUAUUUGCAGAUACACUAGUUAGAGACAAAACUAUGAUUGCCUUGAUGUAGUGAUCCGAAAUAUGGAAAAUGGCUCAUCUUACCCCACUCUCCCCUACAGAUUUGUCCCUCAUGUCACAUUAAUUUUAUAAGACAGAAAAUCUUCAAUAAUAAAGUUUCAAAGCUUUCCCUCAAACACUACAACAACUUUUCUGCAAAUUCACAUUUCAGAAAGCUUUUAAUUUUUCAGUUUUUGUUGGCAUGACCAGACAGAAGGUUAUUAUACUCAAUAUUUAUUAUUUAAGACGCAAUAGGUGGAGGUGGGGUAAUAUACUAGCACAUGUUAUAUUAUUUUCUUUUCUGUUUUCUAUUCAUUAACAGACAUAAGGGGAGUGAUAUAUUAAAAAAACCUGUCAUUAUGAUGCAACCUGAUUCACCACUAACACCCACUACUACUCAAACAUGUAGUUUAAAAACAAUGAUCACCUGUCUGACCAUGUCAACAAAAAAAUCAGCAAUGUAGAAGCUUCAUAAAAGUAGAAUUUGUGGAAGAGCUGUUAUAUUUGCUUGUAUCAGUUUGCCCAGUUGGUCAUAAGGUUAUGGCUGGUUGGUAUACUGUAUUCACAUCAGUUGGCUCUCAGCAUCUAAAAAGAUAUCCUUAUCUCAUAAAGCUGGUUGAAUAACCUAAGCUUGGGAGUCAAAGUAAGGCAGAAUCUAUCAAGAAUGAGUUUUUUCCCCCCACAGAGCAGUAAAUCAUGGCCUGCAGGGCCCCCAUUACUGACAGAGCAUACUCAAAUCAGCUUUCCCUCCCACAGGCUUUAGAGAAGACCCCUACUUUUCCCCUUUAAUUUGUCUUGUCAGCAAGUGUUACUUGGGAAAUGAGGCCUGAGCUCUUCCUGGUUUUGGCCUGUGGCUGAUAUAAUUGCGUAAUGGAGCCUCUCCACUGCACACGGGAUUGGGAGAGGAUAAAAGCAUUUGCUAUGCCUGCCCAACCGCCUCUGAGCUUAAAAAGCAGUGGUGCUGAACACAGGGUGAAACCAGAUUGAAAUGGCAUAGUUUUGAACCAGUAAAUCUUCAAAUGAACGUAGAAAAUAGGAAAAAGUGCAUAUUUUUUCCUUCAUCAACAAAAAAGCAAUUCAACAUGUCAUUGUUUAUAAUUUUUUUUGGUGAGAAAUCUGACAAUAAUGUUGUUGUUUUUUUAUCUGUCCUGUGUCCUGCUAUGUGACAAUGGCAUUUUAUAAUCUUACUGUUACAUUCGGCAAUAGAUUCACUGAUACGAUUUAAAAUAGCAAAUUCAUCAGUGAAAAGUGGUCUGACAGAAUAACAUGAACAUUGAGUCGAAACAUCAUUUUCAUAUUUUCACAUUCCUAUGAGCUUUGUUUUUUUCCCUAGGCACAGUCAAGAGAAAUUUCAAACUCUUCGUCUUUUUUUCUUUGAUACUCAGCCUAGAGCGAGCAGUGGGCUUUUCGGCGUUGUAGCACCCGUAACAGCUGAAUCUAAGAAUGAACCAAAACAGUAAGGAUGCUGGUCCCCUAUCCUCUAAAAGUUGGAAGACUUUCUUAGAUAGAAAGUAAGUUACAGAAAGUUUAAACACAGAUUGAUUGAUAAAAAAAGGAAAGUUUGGGUAAGAAUGUAGAGAACAGCCUCCCACAUUGUCUGCAAGUUAACUGUGAUUUAGAAAGUUUACAUGUGGAUUUUUUCGAGUUUACUCUCACAGGCCUCUCCCUUAAUUAAGAUGCUGUGCCUUUACUCUCAAACAAACUCUCUCAAAUUGAUUCCUUUAAUAACCUCAAACACAAACAGACUCUCUGAGGAUGCCUUUGCCAGCUGCUUCGACUCCUCCAAGACUCAGUCAGCUCUGAACUAGACAUGCUCGCUCAUUCUUUAUUCUCUCUACGAAACUGUCCGGUGUGGUUUCUACUAAUAAAGUCCCAGCAUUCACCUUGGUAUCUGUCAUCAGCUGUGCUGUUAACAACCCGCUUGCUUCUGCUUCGUCACCUUUAACCUGCUGUCAGCCUGGCCAACACUGACACAUUGUCACCUUUACUUAGCUGCAGGGUUGCUGUCAGCUCCUGUAACAUGGAUUGAAUCUUACCUUUUUCGCCGGUAUUAUUUCAUAAUGUGAGGGUUCCCACGCAGUUAUAUUAAGCUUUUUGGGCCAUAGGCAACAGUGACCUAUCAGCAGUUGUGAGAGUGAUAAGAUUUAGGUGCUGCGGGGCUGGUGGUUCACACAGACUCCAAAACCUUUAUCUGUACUGCCUCCCUCUGCCAGGAGAGGCCUCUUAGCUUCUCCCUGCUGUCAAGACAGAGAUAGAAGAAACUCUCCCCAUCCCCCUUCACAUUUCAUGCUUCAGAGUCACUCCUCUCAUGUUAGCCAUUUUGCAGAUGAGAUGCAAUCUGUAUUUAGUCCAAGUGACUAAUAUUGUGCCCUGCUGCUGUAUUCAAAGCCGGUUCUGAAGUGUAUCUGGGGGUUUAAGAUUUUACCUGCACCUAUGGAUUAAGGUCUGUUGUAUUCAGGGAAAAGUAUUUUAAACAAAAUUGCAGAGUAAGACACCAACAGGCUGAUGCUGCUGGUUUUCCAGGCAUGGCAUAGACAGCUCUUUUGGGAUUGCACGAGUCAGAUGUCGCCGUUGCACCACAGUCCAAUAGCGCCCAGAGCUUAGAGUGUUUUGACAGGCGGUGCAGGAUCGCCAGCAGCCGCAGGAAAGGAGCUUUUCAAGCACAGCUCAAGCAGGAAAGCAAUCAGCAUCAGUGACAGUUAUGGUUUGAAUCUGGUUUUCUGCUAUAGGACAUGACAAUGAAAAAAAAUGGACUGCUUCUGAGAUUGCCUUCCACUGUUUGAGUGUCACUGUUGGCAGAGGAGUACCGAGUACUACUGUGCUGCAAGUGCAGACAUUCUGCUGCAGCUGGUGGCGAAGUCUGAUUAUGUGCUCUACUAAACAAGAACUCUGGGUUAUGUAGCAGGGUGGCUGUUUAGUGGCCAGUGCUGGUAACACACAAGACCUCCUCUAUUUAAGAUGCCAUCUGGCUGACAUCAUUUCAUAUUGCGCACAUCAGUGAACCGAAUCAAUCUCAGAAAUAUCUACUGUAGCAAAUACUCAAAUCAGCAAAAACCUAGAUUGAAGACAGCAAAAAAAAAAAAACUGAGUUAUGUAAAAGCUGGCUGCCGGUCAAGUGACCAAGAUGCUAUAUUUUACACUGAGCAGUUUUAAUUUUCAGUGUCUGACCUCUAUAUCUCUGCGGCUAUAUCCAUGCUGUGUUACUUGAUCCAGUCUUUUCAGCCGUGCAGCGCCUUUUAUGCACGUCCCCUCCCCUCCAGUUAACGGCUGCACCGUGACUUCGGCUCAUUCUUUCUUAAAAAGCAUUGCUGGAAGGGGGCAGAGAAUCAAUAUGGCAAAGGCUGAAAGACAAGGGCCGUUAAUGUAAUAGAAGUGGGUGAAAUACCACAAGGCCCAAGGAGGUCAGCUCUGGCACGCGUCCUAUACUGUAGCAGCGGGGGGACCAGAAGUUUACAACACUGAAUCACAAAAGUGUCGAUGUUUAAUAAGCAAAAGUUUACCAAACUGCUCAUUAAUGUACAGCAGUUUGGAGUACAUUAUUGUUGUAUGGCAAGUGCUGAAAUAAAAGCCUGGUGGAUUGAUAGAUAGAUAGAUGGAUAAAUGGAUGGAUAGAUAAACAGAUACUUUAUCAGUCUCCAGGGAAAUUUCAGGAAUCCAGCAGCACACAACGGACAUGACAUCCAGCACAUCCGACACAUGAAAAACAACUAAUGCCCUCCCAUAUUUACAAGUUAAGUUGUUGCUUUUUAAUUUACAAAAAAGAUGCUUCCUCUCCUCCUCUCUGGAUGUUAUUUAGCAUGACAGUAAAUUAUCUCGUCUUGCUCUAAAACACACAUUUUGACAUCUUACAGUAAGUAAAACUGAGGUAGGAAGAGUUGUUGAAGUCUUAAUAGAAAAAAGGUUAUUUACUUUUACUAUUCUGGAUGUAAAAUAUUUGGAUUUUGGGGCUGUCAAAUGAGUUUUAGAGUCAUUAAUGUUGGUAUCAAGAAGCAAAUUUAAAAUCCACAUGCUGUUUUUCGUAGUUAUUUCUGUCACCGCUGUAAAAAAAUAAGAAAAAAGUGAUUAUAGGCUUCGUGAAAACUGUCCCAUCAUUCUCUCCUCAUAUUUUUUGAGAUACAACAACCCCUCAGGUGAGAAGAGGUGGAUUUUAUUUCCACUGAAGGACUUGUACAACACUGGCUAGUGACUCCCCAGGUACAGCUGUGCUGCAGAUAUGUCUCAAUUAGGCUGCCAUCCUCGCAGAGGAAACAGCGGUGACGGGUGAGUCACAACAUCACAUUUGACAAGAAUGAGUCGUUUUGGCUGAGAGAAAAACUAAGAGCAAAGCGCACAGGGAACAAGACAGAGACAUCAGCCCUCGUUUCUAUUUCCUUGUGUCAGCUAAUAUAAAACUCCCAUUCAUUAUUGAUAGGAGAAUGAAUUUCUCAGCUUUUCAUUACUACAGGGCAACAACUCGGUCUAAAGAUGUCCGACCUCUUGGCCCGGAGCUGAUACUGUCCGACUCGGACAGUUUUCAAAUGUUUAAAUAAGUUACAUAACAGCUUGCUUUUUUUCCUUAAAUUGCCAAAAAGGCUAGGAUUGAUUUUUUUAAAAAGAAAGCUUUGCCCCACGGCUUUCAGCGAGAAAUUGCUCUUUCUUGUGUAUAAAUUUCAAAAUGGUCAAAUUUCAGUUUUACGGAUGAAAUCAGUAGGAAAAAGAAGAGUUCCAUCUCCCCCACUUUCAAAGGACCUCUCUUUUCUAGGGUGCUUUGACAGCAUGCAUGACAAGCCUUUUACGCAUUUCUCAGCGAUAUGGAUUUUUCUGAAAUUUUAGAUUCCGCUAAAAUGAUGAAACCCGACCUUCAAAGUCCAUCUACUUGCUCAUUAUCUCUGUUUAAGGUUACUGCUUAAGGAUGUCGCUCUGUCCCAGGUUUUACGCAGUCUAUGGUUUCAACUAACACAGUAACUUACAAUGCAAAGGUGCUGUUGGCAGCUAAAUUAAACUGAUGAUGCUCAUUUUUACUACUGUGUCUGUAACACACAAACCAAACACAUGAUCUGUCCAAGAAAUCCAGGUCAGAGAGUGCUGUCUAUUACCUUUGCAGGUAGCAGAAAAAAUAAACUUAUUAUAAUAAUUGAGGUGCGAUGUGAAUGUGUACAAAUAUGUUUACUAUUCAUGUCAAAAGAUAGACUUGAAUCUGCAUGUGUAACUUCAAAUCAAAGACUAUGUUUGUGCAUUAUUUAAGGACCUCUCAGGUUUCCCAUCGUUCACAUUAAGAUAAAUGCUGCUGGGAAAUGUUGUUGACCUUUGACACUGACCCCUGCUUGUAUUAAUGUGCUCUCAUUGAUCUGCUCUUCUCUUUCUAUCAAUAGCUCGACAACCUGGACGAGCAGGCCGCACAGAUCAGAAGAGAACUGGAUGGUCGUCUUCAGAUGGCAGACCAGAUUGCCAGAGUGAGUCAGGCUCUGCAGGAGGGCUCAUUGGUUUUAGAUAUGCUUUGUUAUGUUGUUAAUAUUUCACAAAUAUGGUACAACUGAUGGAAACAAAACAGAAAGAGUGGAAAAAGGUUGUCCUUUUUUAGAAAGUGGUGAGUUUUUUAUAUUUUUAUAUUGACAUGAGUUUGUAUUUGUAAUCAGGUCUCCUCUGUAUCAUUAACAGGGAGGCAAGUUCCCCAAAUUCGUGUCAAAGGAGAUGGAAGCCAUGUACAUCGAAGAGCUCAAGUCCUCAGUGAAUCAGCUUAUGGCCAAUCUGGAGAGCAUGCCAGUGGCCAAGGGAGGAGAGUUCAAACUCCAAAAGCUGAAACGGGGACACAACACCUCCAUCAUUGACAUGGGCCAGGAGGACGAGAACACGCUGUCCAAGUCGGAUGUUGUCCUCUCCUUCACUCUGGAGGUACGGUGCUAUGAAAAAAAAAAAGUCUGUUAUGAAGGUUUAAUGAAAGGAAACACCCUUUGAUCAUGUUUGCACACUAUUAUAUCUCAGGGUUUCUUACUGAGGCACAUGGUAUAAACAAAAUCUCAUUAUCCGAGGUAAAACUCAGCUCCAAACUCCUUCUGCCUUAUGACGAACUCAUAAAUCAGAGCUGCUGUUGACGACUUGACUGCUCAGGACUAAGAAUAGAAACAGACAACAGACCUGUUCUGGGGGUUGAACAGACACGGUGUGAAGAGCAGACUGACACACACACACACACUCACACAAACCCGUUUACCUGUUCUGUAAUGGUGAACGUGACUCAUCUUGUUAUCAGCUUGUCUGAGGUGAACUCUCACCACGAAACAGAGGGCAAUUGCACCUCGCUCCUUAUGAUGCGGUACGAUUUCAGAACCAGGAAGCACAGAAUGUACAAAGGACAUAACUGCUCUUUUUUUCCGCUCCCUCACACGAACCCAGGACACAAAAUUACAGCUUGUUAAUCCUAGUAUUUCUUGCACAAUAGCAGCAAUUAGCUAUUUGUGCGAGGUGGUAAUUCCAUGGUGUUUUGGCAAAACCUCAUAUUUCUAGUCUGUUUACUUUCUGAGUGGUCGGCCGCAGCAGCAGCUGCCAGACACUCCUGCAACACACCAGGGAAAUCAAGUUCUUUGUCAUUUUUAAACCUCGUGGAUAACAGCAUGGAAAUGUUGGUAUAAUGAAGUUGCUAUAAGAGAUAUAGGUGAACUCGAUGACUCCCACAACUCUUUUUAGGAAAAAAACAACUAAAACUAAAGUGCAGCCACGAGUAACAUUGAUUGUUUUGGAAAACUUUUUGUUUUGUUUUUUUAAAACUCUUGAGUUAUGUCCUGAUCUGAUCUUUAUUUUGUUAUCUCAUCUAUCUCGUAACUCACUAUGCAUAGUCUGUUCAUAUAAACCUUCUGUUUGCUCACUAUUUUAGGCAGAAUUCCCUAAUAUCUGUGUGAUUGCAACUCUUACAACAAAGAACAAAACUCCCCAUGUGAUCAUUGUGCUGCAUAAAAAGGGACACCGUAGCCAAGUUUGAAACUCUUAAUAAGACGAGUCUGCUUGUAUUUGUUUGUUAAUUUUGGAGGAUUAAGUUGAUAUUACGCCAAGGUUUGUCCUCCAGUGUGUAAUUGUUACAACAAAACAACUUCAGUGGUUGCAUAUUGUACGAUUUUGAUCGUUCAAACAAACACUAAAAUGUUUUCUCUCUGUUGAGCAUAUCAUAAUAGACUCACCUACACUUUUGUUUCCUGUGCUAGAAAAGCUUUAACACUCGAACUACCAAGGCAGUCAUUUCGACUGCUUUCAAAAUUUACAGUGUCCUAACUUUUUAAAAAUAGAACCUAUACACUAGUCACACCUUGACUUUUCCUAAAUGUGUAUAUUUUAUUCUAACAUUGUUUUAUCAUAAAAAAGUUAAAACACAAAAGAGAUCUGAGUAUUACUACCUCGAACUACCAGAGGAGUCGUAUAACUGCAUGCUUUUUACAAAGGGUGUUAUACUUCUCCAUUUGCUACAUUUUCCCGCUCUUUCUCCUGCUCUAUUGUUUGUCUCGUAUUUCAAGCUCUGUGAAGCUAAAAUCUUGCUAUAACUUCACUCAAAACUCAAGAGACUAAAAGAAAAAUGAAAAGUAUGGAAGUUUUAGCCUUGCUUCAGAGCCUUAAUGGGGAAGAAUCCAAUGGAUGAGCAAGCUCAGGGAAUGAUGUGUCUUGGUAUUUUGAGGAAGGUUCUUAAAAACCUUAUUCAUUAUGAUUUUUAUUUUGUUUACUGAUGUGUUUUUUAUCUAUUCCACCAAUUUAUUAUAAGUUUUUAUUGUUGAUUAUCCAAAUUAUUUGCAAAUUAAGACUGAGCAGUCAAAAUGACUCCAUAUGAUCAUUCUAGUAAUUGCAGAAUUUGGGUAGACCGGGUGUUAAACCUAGUUGUGGAGACAGAUCCAGGUCUAAUCCAUGUGAGCCUCUUUUCAGUGACCACUUCUUGAUUGAAAACCGCUGAACAAACUGCAACAAUCCAACAAAACACGCCAGCGCCAUAAUUACACAGAGACCUGCUUGCUGCUUCAGGUCAUUAUCCUGACAGCACAUAUUUCUGCCCAAUGGAAAUCCACAGUUACAGCAUAAUGGUCCCCUGAGGCAGUGUUAGUGCUAUAUUGCGUUCACAGAGUUAUUAAGGACUACAUAUAAAAUUUGAUUUCGUAGAUUAUGCCUACAAGCAGUCUCUGUGAUGAGAAGUUUUUUUUUUACUUUGCAAUACAGAUAUCUGUCAUUUUAAUGUUCUCUUCUAUUAGAAAUCCUGCUAAAAUCUACGUCUCGGUAAUAUGAGGGCACUCGCUGUGAGAGUACAUCAGUUUCGGAUGGGAAGUGUAUUUCUAGAAUAUCCGUGUGGAAGGAUUUGCCGCCUGCACAUGUUGCUGUUGGCAUUUUGCUCCAUGACCCUUUCAAAGAGAUGACUCACCGCUUGUCGUCUGCUACCUUCACUGAGGUGUCUGUGCUUCCUAGGUGGUGAUCAUGGAAGUGGUGGGGCUAAAGUCUCUGGCUCCCAACAGGAUCGUCUACUGCACCAUGGAGGUGGAGGGCGGUGAGAAACUCCAAACUGACCAAGCAGAAGCAUCCAAGCCAACGUAAGUGGCAAACACACAUACGCACGUAUGUUUUUUAAUGAAAAUGUAAAAGUGUAAACUGGUUGGUGUGUUCAUGGUUGGUGGAAAGGAGGGUCUACUGCUGAUCAAAAUCAACCCUGCUUUUCCAGGAUCUUUCUUUGAAAUGAGAAACUUCAAAGACAGACAAACAUCGAUGUUUCAGGCAGCAACAUUAUGAAUAUCUCAGAACCUAAUCAAGCCAUUUGUAAGAUAGAUCCCGUAAACAUACCAAAAUCAAAGGCGUAAGUGGUUUAAUAUUGAUUCUCUGUUUUUUUUUCUGGAGCACAAACUGUUUUUUGUAUUUACAUUCAGAUUUUCAAUAUUCAGAGUCUUACUGAACGUUGGAGAUCGAUCGAAAAAGUCUCCCCAGAUGAACUGAUGUCUCUGUUUGCUGGUAAUAAUUUCCAUGUAUGAUUGUUUUGGGCAACCUUGGCAAAAAAAAAAAAAAAAGCCAUAGGAGCCAUAAUGUUGCUUUGCUGAUCGGUUAUCCUGUGUUCAAUUACUUUUGUCUGGUUCGCUGGGUUUGGGUCACGUGGGCACUGUGUUUGAAAGCUGGUAGGUUAUAUAAGGGGCUGUCUCACCUGCGCUGGGGGUAAAAUUUAUUACCUACCUCUAUUUGGCUAGAUGUGCUGGGCUCCGAUUGGUUAUUCCUAAUGGCUGUGAAACGUAAUCGUCUGUCAGGUUAGGGUUAGGAUUAGGCUAAGAGUUAGGGUUAGGAUUAGGAUGAGGGUUAGGGUUAGGAGAUUUAGAAGUGUGAUAAUGUUCUGUAAUGUUCUGUUCGAUGUACAAAGCCGACAGCCCACGUUUGGCUUGAGCGUGUGAUGACGUUUCCUGCUUUUCUAACCAAUCAGAGGCAAAGGAGGCGGGACUUUCCCUUACGGUCCCCUACAAAAAAAAAUAUCGCACACCGGGGUGGAGUAGUGAGCCUAGGUUGCCGUAAUUUUUGUUGACCGCACUUUAUGUUCUUUGUUUGCAGUGAUACUUGUCGCACAAUGUCCACAUAUAACAUCUGAUGUGUGUGUGUGAAUCAUUGGCCACUGUAGAAGAGAUUUUUCUGUUAUUAAAGCUCCAAAACCUCGCCGAACUAUUGGUGCUUCUUUGGAACAGCAGUGGCAUGUCCCACAAAUAUACAGGACCUAUUCUCUGCCUCAAACGACUUUUUUAAGGUAUGAGGAAAACGGCAAUAAAAUCAUGUAAUCUGUUUUAAAACAGAAAUCCUAAACCAAUCGUGAAAACAGAGAAAAAAACAGUGUUGGCUAACUGAUGCUGUACUCAUCGGGACUAUUUUACUUUGAAGCACGGCAAAAAAACAGAGACCCAUACACUGCAUUUCCAUUUUAUACACAGUCCUUCAUUCCUCUAUUAGCUGUUACGGAUUACCUUUGAUAUCAUCCGAAAGGAAAGUAAAUAUCAGUAGAUUUCUUUCCUUAAAGUUUUAUAUGUGCUUUGUGGAGAUCCUAUCAUCUUCUUUUAUUGGUGUUUGGUGCCCCCCAGUGAGUAUCUCCACAUCCUCAGCUGCCCUUAUAGGAGUAAAGCUCACUUCCCCUUACUAGGUUACAGGAGGGCAUCUGUAAAAUCAGUUUUUAAGAUUUCCCCCCAUUCUUUUAUUGAUCUUUGGUGCCUCCUGUGACUUUCAUCAGAUGUCCUCAGAUGCCUUUAGAAGAGUAAAGCCUGAGUUGCCAAAGCGAGCUCUUAUUAUAUGAAGACGUUCCUGCGCUCUUGCCUGAAUUCCCUUUCCGAGGACUUUUCUUCUUUCUUUAAAUUAUAUGAAGUAUUUGACAGAGCAAAUAAGACAUGACCUCAGAGAUUCAUCUGGUACCCAGGGUUAGUAGAUUCGGCUCUUACAGCCACAGCGCCUUCACCUGAAUCUACACUCAAGAAAUUAUAGGUUUGAUGAAAAUCAUGCUAUACAGCAAAGGGGCUGAGCAGCAACCUCCUGAACAAUAGCUGCUUACGUAAUUCAUGACUCAAACCUGAACCUUAAAACCUUUUUGACUCAGUGGUACCUGAGUCAGCCAAUCAAGGUGGGAAGAAUAACUUUGUCACCCUAUCAGUGAGUCAAGCUCGAAAAAGAAAGGGCAACGUAAAUUUCCUGUCUCUGAGAGUCCCGGUGGAGUACGUGUCUCCUUUUUUUUUUUUUUUUACCUGCCUUAUCAUUACGCCUGUUAUGCUAUUCAUAACAACAACUGUGUCCUAGUUAGGACAAAUAUAUCUUCUCCUAAAUAUAUCCACCUUUUCCUUCUAAUUAACCAGCAUUGCAUAGCACAAGAUGCAAGAGAAGAAGUCCAUGAAACAUUCAUGCGGAAAUGAGCUAUUUUAAGGCCCAAAUGUCUUCCUCUGAUCUUCUUAAUUCAAGAGCCAUUUUAUGAAGAUGGAGAUGGAGGGACAUGAAUGAGGGAGGGGAUUAGCGGAGAAAAAGGCAAGAGUAAUGUGUGUGUACGUAUGUGUGGGUGGAAACACACACGCAUGAAUGCACAGUGAGAAAAAACCCUAAACUAUACCUGAGCUGCAUGUAUUAAUCCACAUAAUACUGCAGGUUAUUUGCAUACAGUAAUUUGCUGUAUUUGUUUUCAUACUGACUUCAUAUUCGACUUCUAACUGCUCUUUUUUUUCAAUCAACUGAUUAAGAUCUUGAUAUUUAUGAUAAUGGUGUUUAAUUUUCUCUCUGAACCUACUCCAGCACAUAAAAAGUUUCAUAUAAAGUUGACCUUCGCAGAAAGAGCUGUACGAACGCAGCACUGCCGCAUCCAUUCACAGACCAUAGAUUGAUCCUCAAGGUCACCUUCUCGCCAGCACAAUGCUUCCAUCUCAAGUCAACACAGCUCUCCACUUGCUCCUCACUGACAGUCUGCAGCUCCUCUGCUCCGCUCUGCUCGUGUCAGAGCUGCCGCAGCAUCUUUAUGCACAUUAAGUUUCAAUUAAUUAUAAAUGUUAAAGAUGGUCACAAGAAAAACAACAUUCUCGUGCUAGAAUUAGACACCAUGUCUUCCAUACCCCCUCACAGAUGAAGAUUUUAGGCGUUUGCAUUCAUGAUGUUGUGAAGGCAGAUGGCGGUGAGGAGUAACAAAAGCGGUUAAAUGUUGUGUAAGCUGAUUCGAGUAAACUGCAUCUCCUCUCUGUGUUUUCGUUUCCGUUAAUCCUUCAGGUUUACGGAGGUGUAGUUCGGCGAUUAAGGUUAAGUCAUUGUCAUUGGUUUUCACUCACGGGAUAGGUUUAUGUUCUCAGGAGGCUUUCAUAUUAAUACAUUCACAUGCCCUAAUGUAAAAUUAAAGUCAUUUUUCUGCUUUGUUCAGCUUUUUUAUGUCAACCAACCACAGAGUGAUCCAUUUUAGAGCGAUUUAAAGCAAAGGUGGCAGUCUUACUCCAUCCAAAGCUCACAUGAGUCUCCAGCAGUGUGACUUUGACCUGUCAGAUUGGUGUCAUCAACAGUAACAGCUUUUUGAGUGAGAGCUGAAAGCUUGAAUUUGAGAGUCAUUUAGCUGCGAUCUCUAUCGUUGAAAUCCCUUAGACAGAGGGAUCUCUCAAGAGAAACUUCAACGAUUUUUAGCAUGGUCUGUCAGAACUUACAAUCCCUGUUAUGCUGUUAUGGGAACAUCACCUCUGUUGUAGAUUCACCAACAUCUUUUCCUCUGAUUUACUGCACUAGUACCGAUGUAUUGCUUACUUCUGAGAAGUAGGUGGUAGGUGAAAAAGGAUUUCAGUUUCAGUGAGGACACAGAGAGCAGAAGUUAAUUUUAGCAAGUCUGUAGAAUCUCUGUUGCUUUCCAGCAGACACACAAAUAUAUUUUGGCUGCUGACACAGGUUUUGUUUCAUAAAAAUAUGACCAAGUGCAGUUUUUUUUUAAAGAUGUCUGGAGCAUAAAUAGAUGGGCUGGAAUUAGAAUGAAAUCUAUGUGUUUGUGUUUCUGCUUUUACAAAAGACUCCUUAACUUUGCUGAUUUUGUUUUUAAACCCUAUAUUGUCCCCUCUCUAGUUGACUAAAACCCAAUAUGUUAAGAGUAUUUUCGUUAAAGCACCUGUAAAGAACUUUCAAGUUUGUCACUUUUUUCAACCCUUGUAGACAAAGUGUAUCUUAACUCUUUCCUGAUAUUUCUAUUUACAUAUUUAAUUAGUUUAAUCAGACCAAAAUCUCAUUCUCUCUUCAUUUCAGAUGUCAAUUAAAUGUUGUAAAGAAUAUUUGGCAUGUAAAUAAUUCAUUAAAGCUGUUGUAGAAAUGUUCUGUUAUUUCUUUCGUCUGACACCUAACCUCCUGCAGGAGUGACAAGUGCAAAAAAUACCUGUGCAGAAACUACCAAUCCAAGUUUUGGGUGGUCCCAUUUGUUUUUAAAGGUCAUUUGAGGGCAGCAGCUAUAGACUGUAUAUAGAAUGGACACCGUCUGCCUCCUUGCUGGGUGAAGCCACCCCGAGAACAGCACCCUCUGGUGACAGGCUGCAGUAUAGGUCAUAAAUCCCACCUCCUCCAACAAUCCCUAUGGAGCUGUGGACAAACUUUAGAAAUUAAUAACACAGAAUAUAAAUUUUUCUCCCCCAGGUUGCGAUGUUGACAUGUAGUUACUGUAAGACUGGUUUGAGCUCAAGUCCUCUUUUUUCUGUACAGCUCCAUUUUUAAAAGUUAUUAGGGGGUUCAUGUUUUCUAUGAUUGACACUUGAUACGGCCUAUGGGCGUACAAAGAUUACUAACCUCACCUGGAGAAACACUGUUAGUGCCGAGCGUCAUCAUAGCGACUCUCGGUGACUCUCCUGCUGAAACCGUACAAUGUUACUGUGCAAUGUUGGUUUCAGGAAAUGGAGAAAAAACCUGGAAAUACUGAGAGCUUUUCAGCUUCAAAUCCGUAUACUGGCAGAGCCAAGUUAUCCAUAGUAUAUACAGUCUAUGGCAGCAACUCUCAUCUCAGUCUGUUUACCAAACUGCUAAAAUGUCCUCACAGGAGCUUUAAAGAGAAGACGAAGAAUCUCGUGCAAAAAGGGAUUUUAUCUUUGUUAUUGUUGCUGAAUUUGUCAGUUUAUGUUGUUUACUGACAUUCAUGCAAGUGACUUCAGUUCAAAAUCUCAAAAGCAUGAACAAUCUCUCUCUCUCAGACUCAUUGACAGGUGAAAUGCACUCAGUGGUUUCUUGAGAUGAAGUCAUGAUGUGUGAACACUGUUCUGUUGUGCUGUCAUGGAAGCUAACCUCUGGAGUGUUUUGUUGUGUCUUUCAGCUGGGGGACCCAAGGGGACUUCACCACCACACACCCUCUGCCUGCUGUCAAGGUGAAACUGUUUACAGAGAGCACAGGGGUGCUGGCACUGGAGGACAAAGAGCUGGGCAGGGUAACAUUUGAUUUUUUUUUUUUGUAUUUUAUACCGACACAAAAACACUCUCUACACAGCCAUGGUAAUACUCCAACCAGAACACAAUAAACAUAUACAGUAUUUGUUAAAAAAGUGCAACUGCUUUAACAUUAUUAAGUGUCUAAAGUACAGCUGAAGUUGUCUGUAAGUGUGACACAUUCAGAUUUUAAUCACUGAAACUGGGUCUCCAGUGUAGCGUCUAUUCAAAGUGACUCACACUCAACCAUUUGAUUUGUUUUGCAAAUCAGGAAACUGUUUUUCCAUAAGGAUACAGCUUUUUACUGCUUAAAGGCAUACUCUGGCAGAGAUUAAGUUAGGAUCAAACACACCGUAACCCCGAGUUAGACACUCCCUCGAGAGAUGAAUGUUGCCGACAGCUUGCUUCUCUAGUUAUACCAACUUUAGUAACGACUACACGAAAGCAAUACACAGGUCUGUGUCUGAGGAGCCAUAAACAAACCUCAACCAAAACACCACUCUAUAGCCACAAAUAAUGCUCAGAACAGCACCUAACUUCAUCAACAGUACAUAUAGGGUCACAGCCAUAGUACUAGCCAACAAACAUUUUUUUUAGCUUUGCCUGAUUUCUUUACCAAAGAGACGAAACACAACUGACCUACUCUCUUCCAGCAGCUCCUUGUCUGUAUGGAGACCUCAGACGAGCACAUCACAAAGUGCAGCGAGGUUAUGCAUCUCUCUAGGGGGUGUCUAACUCGGUGUUACAGUGUCUUAACUUAACACCUGAAUAUACCUUUGAGUUCUUAUUCAAACACGUAUAUAAGUAUUCGAUGUAGAAACAACUUUUCAUUUGGACUCUUUCUCGAUAUGCUUCCAUUUAAAUGACCCGACUGAAUAAUCCUGCUGUGCUCCACAAAAAGUAGGCUGAGAGAAACUUUUCCCAUUUUUAUCGACGGAUUCUCAGUCUUUGAAAAUUAUUUAAAUUUCGAGCUUCUCUGACUCAGACAUGAGGAGAGAUAACACAGAAACAUGUCUCAGUCCCCCGCGCUGUGUCUUCCCGAUGUGUUCACGUCUGAGGGUACCAUGAUAGCCGAGGAAGGUGUUGUUGCCGGUUUGCGAUGGGGCAGCGGCGCCUCAGACGUCCCUGUAGUGGCAGUGACCUUGGCUUUGACAGCGCUCUUUGAUCUCCCGCUGCAGCAGCGUUGGCAGGAAGGCAGGCUUCCUCAAAGCUCUUUAACUCAGCAAAGAGAGAUUAGGCCUCCUCUUCGGGGAGGCAGAGUAAAGCAACGCUCUGUCUCUCUACCCUGACUUUAUUCUUUCACUUUCAAAAAAUUGUGAAACACUUGCACAAAAAUACAAACACACAUAAUCCCCUGCCGCCGCAAACACAGCGACCGGUUGUUGCUGAAUGUUGCACAGGGCGAGAUGAAAGAUUAACUUCCUGGAUUUCCACUGACAGUAAUAUGGAGUCUUAUUUUUAUUUUGUUGUUGCGUACAGGUCGUCCUCCACCCAACUCCUAACAGCCCCAAACAGUCCGAGCUCCACAAGAUGACUGUGACCAAGGCGUGUCCUGACCAAGACCUGAAGAUCAAACUGGCCAUACGUAUGGACAAACCUCAGAACAUGAAGCACUGCGGGUAAGACAGAAGCCACUCAGCAGGAAACGUAAUGACGUUCCUAUGUGCCUCUUUAUUUCCACCGUCUUUCUCAUAGAAUUCCAGCCCUUUCAGCUCCUUGGCCUCAUUUCUAGUCACGUACCAUGGAAAAAUACUGUGAAGUGCACUACUCCCCCUGGUGGAUACCAGUGUGUAGUUAAAAUUUGACUUUUAUAAAAGAUUAUAGGAAAUGCCCCAAAAAUGUCCAGAUUUUGAAAAGAACAUUUUUUUUAUUUCAAUAAUGUUAUAUACAAAAGGGAUCUGGUAAUCUUUGUGUGAUUUUUUAAUAUAAAUAUGAUGCAUGUUUUUGUGCAGGUGAUUGUGUUUGUCAUGACAUGGAUUGUUUUCUCUCUCUCUCUCUCUUUCUCUCUCUCUCUCUCUCUCUUUGUGUGUGUGUGUGUGCGUUUUGACAGCUAUCUGUGGGCUUUUGGGAAGAAUGUCUGGAAGCGCUGGAAGAAGCGUUUCUUUGUCCUUGUGCAGGUAGGUCACUGUAAAAUAGUGUUGAAAUAAAACACAGAGCCUACUCUUUUACUCCAUGUUACUUUUUAGCAAGUUGGUAAUUUUAUUUUAAGCCAAAUGUUUAAAAAAAACAAAAAACUAGGAAGUGUUUUUAUGAUUAUUAGGACCACAUUAAGAAAAAAAAAUCAAGACUUUGAGAUUAAAGUUGUUAAUUAACAAGAAUAAAGUCAUUAUUAACGAGAAUAAAGACGUAAUUAAGUAAUUAGUUAUGCGAAAAAAGUUGCAAUAAAGUAAUUACUUACGAGAAUAAAGUCGUAAUAAAAUCACUAUGGUUCUUAAAAUAAUGUGGUGCUGAUGUGCCAAAAGAUUAAGUAACUCCUUGUUUGAGAAACCGAUAUUAAAAUACAUUGUCAUGAAAUGCUCCAUGGAUCUUAUUUCAACAACUGUCAUCUUAAACAAUUAGGUUAGAAUUUAAGGACUUUAUUCUCAUAAGUAAUUACUUUGCUACGACUUUAUUCUUGUAAGUAUUUAUUUUAUUACGACUUUAUUUUCGUUAGUAAUUAUUUUAUUACGACUUGAUUCCUGUAAGUAAUUACUUUAUUCUCGUAAAUUAACGACUUUAAUCUCAAAGUCUUAAUUUUUUUUUCUUAAUGUAGCCCUAAUACUUCUCGUAUGUUUUAGUAUUGAAAUGACAUAAUAACAGAUAAUUGUUAAAAUGUGUUGAUUGGAAAAAGGAUAGAUGUUGACUUUAAAGUUCAUUCCAUUCAAAAGUUUGGUUUUCGAUAACCUCUGUGGCUGUUAGGAGUGAUCUCUCGCCCUCUCUGUUGCAGGUGAGUCAGUACACAUUUGCCAUGUGCAGCUACAGAGAGAAAAAAUCAGAACCACAGGAGCUUCUCCAGCUGGACGGGUACACUGUGGACUACAGUGACCCACAGCCAGGUGAGACCUCUAUAUGCUACCAGUGCAGAUGUUACCCCUUGUACAAAAACACCAAACUCUUGAACGUUGAUGUGUUUUAGGUUUGGAUGGGGGAAGGGCUUUCUUCAACGCAGUGAAGGAAGGCGACACUGUGAUUUUUGCCAGCGACGACGAACAGGACCGCAUCCUGUGGGUUCAAGCCAUGUAUCGUGCCACAGGCCAGUCCCACAAGCCCGUCCCUCCCACUCAGGUCCAGAAACUAAACUCCAAAGGGGGUGCCUCAGCCCAGAUGGACGCUCCCAUUUCUCAGUUCUGUAAGUACCCCUGAAAUACAACACGGUCACUUAUGCAGAAAGCAGUUUUCAUCCACAAGAGCAGUGAAAUCCUCUAACCCAUAAAUGUCUCACACCAUGCGCUCCACACUGCAGUCACAAAAUGUGCUGGUAGAACUAACACACAAGCACGCACACACAUGCCUUGAUCUUUCACAGAUCCCUCCAGCAUCUGAAGGACUUCCACUCAUUGUCACCACUCCCACAGUGUUUAAAGGUGCAACUCCAUGCUAUCCCAUCAGUCUGUUCACAAGGAACAACCAACCAGCAAAAAUACUUUUAUCACAGAGCAGCAGGACAUGGUGUGAAAACUCUGACUUUAAUUUAAAUAGGUCACCGCACAUAAGAUUUGAACAUUCAAGCCCGCUGGGGCUGAAUUCAGACCGACAGUGCCAGAGCGUGCUGCUCUUGACCAAAGCGGAGGCUGUAGAUUAAGAGGGCCGCUGUGAAUGCAGCCGAGAUUCAGACUGUAUCUUAGACGGUUCCCUCGUCACUGACAGCUGAGCCAGACGACAUGUCUAAAGUUUUAACCAAUCUGUCACUGUACUUGCACCUCUAAGCAGCCCACAGGUCAGGUAGCAAAGUUGAAGGUAAGACUGUCUAUGGUAGUGUGGCAUCUGUACAAACUUCUGUUGUAACUGUCUCUUGUGUCCCCUCUCAUUAAGGAAGGGAAAAUAUAUUUUUGUAACCAUAAUUCCUGCCACUAGCAUAUUUAAUUCACACAGCUCUGAAUAUAAAUAUACAUGUUUUGAACACUGCUUUUAGCGGUUUUGGUAUUGUAGAGAGGUAAGCAUUAUUAUUUCCCUUCAAAACACUAACAUUAGGCUUUCUGAUCUACUUUAUCUCACAUACUUUGAUAUCAAUCCACAAUAAUAGAUCCUGCUAUUCAGAAAAAAUAAACAUGACCUUUUGUGUGCAUUUGAGACCCCAUAUAGUUUAAGCUAUAUGUUUCCUACACUUAUGAGACAGAUCUUUAUUUUUUGAGUUAAGCAAUUGGCCUUUUGAAUACCAGCUAAAAGACACCCAUGGUUUCAGUAAUAAUGAUGAUCAUGUAACAGUCAAACUCACCUUAAAAGCCCCCCUGAGUGAAUUCCACUCUCUGUUAAUCAUAUCAUUGGAGUGUAACUAAAACGACAUGAAUUGGAUCCGUUUCUCAGAAUCCUAUCACACAAAUUCUAUGUUGUUUCUCCAUUGGUUUCUUUGUCCAGUAUGUGAUCGUUCUUGUGGUUAGUUGACUCCUCUGAUGCCAGCUGUUGCCAUUCAAAGCCUCCUCACAGUGGCACAGACCUCCUCCUCCCUCCCCCUGAAACAUUGUGGCACAUCACGCAUACAUGUUUCACCCCCUGGUGGUCUUGAAUGGCACUGGGACCAUAACAUAACACAGCCCCUCCUGACUCUGCUGCAGUGGACCGAUGGGAAAAAAAUAGGCCUGUGAAGGUUCUGAGUGAAAUGUACAAAUUGUCAAAUGUUUUUCUCUUUUUCGAUCAAGCAGAAAAGGAUUUAAAUUACUCUGAUGAGUGUGACAUAGCUGGUUUUGACUGAGUGUCAUUAAAAUAUGAGAGAAUAUAACACUCAGGGCUUUAUUUUCGUGUCCGCCGGUGACACGGCGGAGGGUGGCGGACCCCGCGCAGUGGUAUUUUUGUCUGGCGGAGCCCGGCGUACAGCCAGUUAGGUAUUUUCGUGGACUGAGGCGCACUGAGGUCCGCCAAGCUGGGCGUGGUGGCGUGGCAGGGGAAGGUGUCGACAGAAUCAGCUGGUGCAGUGCCUUUUUUGUGCUCGCCGCCGAAAGCUCGCCGAUUCAAACCUGGUCAGCUUGUCUUCAGACAUCUCUUGAUCUCUUUGACUACUUCACGAAAAUUGUAAUACGCCUCACCGGUGGCGGAUUUAAAGGCGAGGAGAGGAGCUUAUGUUAUUGGUCAAUACAGGUCUCGGCUGUGUUAAACCCACUCCACGCCCUCUCUCCUCCCUCGCUACGACUUACACCACUGGGAGGAGCUGAGUUAGGGAGGGGGGAUACUUACGCCGGGCUGCGCCACUCACCAAAAUACCAAAUUGUGCUUGGGAAUGCCUUGUCGUCGCGGCAGACCUGACUUACACUGUGCCUGCACCACGUCGCCAGCGAAGCGCGAAAAUAGAGCCCUCAGUAUCAUGAGAGCAUCAAGAAAUAUCUCAAACAGGUUCACCGAUGAUUCAAUCUUGCGCUUAAAUUACUAAAGGUGAAUAAAAAUGAUGACCAGUAUAUAGUCAAAGUAAAAGAUCCUAAAUUUUAUACCCCAGAAUACAAAGGUUCAGUUUUUCCCUGUAUUUCCCAUGAAGCUUAAUGCAUCUGAACCCACCUAACACCCUCAUAUUUUAUUAUCAUAACGUACAGCUAAUGAUGUUAAUUUUCUGAUGUAUCUUUUAGUUUUUCAAACUCAUAACAUAAAUUGAUCCUGAUAAAAUCAGUAUGACAUAACAGGCUUUCAUUUCUUCAGCCCCAGUAUAUUGAAUUAACUUUACAGGGUGCAGGUUCAGGGUACAAAGGAUGGUUUCUGUUUAAUUUAACUGAGUGGUAGCCGUUCAUCGUUAAUCAUCGGGAAAUAACAGGAAGUGGUAGGUCAUAGAAAUAGACAUUAGCAGUUAAAGGGAAGGUGUGGAGGAAGAAAUGCAAGGCAAGAGAGGGAUGAGUCCAAAUUUUGAGUUAUUCUCUUAAAAACUGAGUACCCCCCACACACCUUCAUUUGCAUUUCCUGAAAGAGGAAGCAUCAAACAUCAAGCGACUUAUCAAAGCAACCCAAACCCCUUCAUUAUUUCUAGCUAUAAUAAGAAUUUCUAACCAUAACUGUUGGACUGAUCUUUGCGGAUUGCUCCUUUAAAGCUAGUUACAUUUUACUCAUGAAGUUGUGAUAUUUCACCAUGUGCCAUUUCUAACUUUUCCAGGACCUUCAUAGUCUCUUUCCCUCGACUGAUAAAAUCACACAGGCACCAUUUACAAGUAAGACUAACAACCUUAUUGGGCUGGUGAAUGUGUCGUGUCAAAGUUGCUUUCAAAAGUAAGCCUCGUGUUUGAUCUGCAGCUACAGAGCGACGGUACUUAACAUGCAGCUCUUGCCUCCUUAAGUACUUGUCCAAAAUUCAGAAUAAAUAAACUGCAGUGGAGUGAUGAGGAUCGUUAAUUCUCUCUUCCUGUCUUUCUCUAUCUUCUUCUCUGUCUCUUUCUGUCUCUUUAAUAUACUUCAACAUCUGUUGUUCACAUAUCCUCACAUGUACUCACACACCACCGCCCAAAACACUCUCAUGUUGGUAUAGGUUGUUGUUUUUCAGUUGUGUUUUCUUCUUCAUGCUUUGCCUGUACCCUUCUUGAGUAAUGCAGCUGCUAGGUCAGGGUCUCUCGUGAUUGCUCUCCUCCAGCCUUGUUGCUAGUCUUUAUGUUAUUCUGGUUUGUCCCUUCUUACCCUGCUGUCUUCUAGCUGGACUCAAGGGUAAGUGCUUCCCUGUAGCCGGCACAGCUCAGAUAAUCCCCGCUGAUUAUCUGACAAAUGCAACGUUCUUUCUCUCUUCUUUCCCUCUUCUCCUUUUUCACGUCUCGCCUCAUGUCUUAGAUAUUUAGUUGAUAACUUUUUUUGUUUUUGACGACCUCAACUUGAGGAUCAAAGUAUAAGCAUCCAUCCGUGCCAGCAUAGGAUGCAUGUAUUUUAUUAUGAGAACUUAUUAUUUGACUCAGAAAUGAUUAGAGAUAUAUAUUCUAGUUGUUAUUGCAUAAUUGCCUUCUCUCUUUUUCAUAUUGGUGACUGGAUCCCUCAGAGUAAAGCAAUAUUAGGAUAAAAAUUUGAACUACCAUUCCAAAAAGUGAAAGUCCUCAUUUAUGAAAAAGAUUUGAUGUUUGAAUUCGUUGAGAUUUUUCAAUCUAAUGAGCUAAAUACACACUUUAGCAUUCGUUUGUAGAAGUUAGACAUUGAAAACACAUAAGAUAUCAUUGUGCAAAUAGACGAGGUGCAGGUAAAAGUGUGAAUGAUGAUGAUGUCCGCAGUUCUUUAUCGAAGUAUACUCCAUGCAUGAGCGAAAUUUUCCCUCGCUCGUGCUUUACUUCAGAGGGCCCAAAUGCUUUUAGUUCUUUUCUUUGAACUUUCCUGGACGAGAGUUGGCAAAUAUGUACGCGGAGUAUUCUGAAUGCCAAAGAAAAGGAGUAGCUAAUGCCGCCCCUUCUUACGAUGCAAUACUCCGGACCCCCCUCCCCUCCCCCUUCCUCAUACAGUAGAUGGGCCUGUAGAUAGAGGCUAGACCGGUGUAACACCUCCAGCAAGUAGAGAUCUCAUUUUGAUUUCUUUUGAUUGCCCUUUGUUUUGCCUGAAUAGGAGAACACCUGUGUCAUGUGUCCAUACUUUUGUACAAAAAAAACAGGAGUUUUCAUUCAUUUCCCCCUCAUCUCCCAGAGAAUGAUACAGUUUUGCCUCUGUCGGCUUCAUGCUAUCUACCCAUGUACUUGCACCAAAUUGUAUUGCUACCCUAUUAGAGUUUUCCAGUAGUGGUAUGCCUGUUAGUGUGCUCUGUAGAGAUCAUGAAUACACUGCAACAUAUUCAAGUAUUGUCAACUUGCAAAUGCGUAGAGAAAAAAAAAAAAUCAAGGAAUGCCAAAAAAAAAGAAAAAAAUAUGCAAAUUUGAAAAUGGGUCUGCAAAUGUGCAUGACAUUUAAAAGCUCUAUGAAAAGUAACACUGUUCUCCGGCAUGUGAUAAUUUAUAUAUAUAUGUAUGCAAAAGUACCUUUUCACUUUGGGAAUCUGGUAAUUUGAUUUAUGGUUGUAGUCAUUAUGGAAAUCCUCAGUUAUGGUUGUAGUUUUCAGUGUGUUAUGGACUUAAACACCAUUUCCUCAUUUAGUCAAGUCAAAGAAGAUGUAGCCCACUCACUAUGUGUCAUAGCCCGACAACCCCAGGCACCUUCUUUCCACUCUUUUGGAUGUUUUCUCACUAUCUUAACACUGAUCCACAACAUCACUUCCUCUGCAACUUUGGUCCUGAGUGGAUUUUCUUCUUGUGGUCGUCACUUUUUUUGUCUGAGUGAACACACAAUUGUCUUGUCUCAUUACAAAGAUGUCUCUUUUCGUCUUUCCUGCCACUGUCUUCUCAUCAAGCACUGGGUGUCAUUUACUGUCUUCUUUAAGUGUUUCCAGACCCUUUGUGUCCUACUUUUUUACAUUAUGACUUACUUUACCUGUCUUGUCCCUCUUCCUCGAACAAUCUUUUACUUCUAUCGUCCACAUCAUAUCUGUUGUCUCACAGGUUUUCCUUCUUAGACUGGAGUAAAAAAAUAAGACAAUAAUCCUCAAGUUUAACCCUCUGUAGGCUCCCUCUUAUCCUAGCAAAUCUCAAUGAAUGCUUUGCCCCCGCUAUUACACCCUCUUCCCUUCCCACUCACUGACCUGGAGGUUGACGGAUGUCACUUGUGCUCUAUUUGGUGUCCUGGCCUUUCUCAGCCAAGAUCAGGCCCCCACUUCCCACUUCCCACCCAACAAAUCAUCAUCACUCAUGUUAGUGUCUCAUGGACAUGACACCUGUCACUCACACCGAGGACAAGACUGCAUCUCGUUAUCUAUUUGGAAUCAUCCCCGUUUCCAUCAUGUGGUUGCUGGUAGCUGUGAUACUUACCCAGCACUAGACACGCUGGUCUUUUUGGUUAGUAGACGUUCUCUAUUGUGAUCUCAAGAAGUAAAAACUGAGUAUUACACCAAAUGUUUUCAUCAUGCAUAUUUACUGAGUUUCAUUAUAAUUUCAUUACCUUUUAUUUCACACCAAUUGAUGUUACUAAUGCUACUAACUUUCUCCAUUAAUUCUACAGAGCAGCAUCAUUUUUCUUAAAAGUCUCUUGAAACCAAGACGGUUAAAGUUAAGGAGGGAGACCAGCAAUAAAAGUCUGAAAGAAUACGACAUUUUAGGAUCAAUAUCGUCAAAAAAACAAAACAAAAAAAUCCAGUUUUUACAACUUUUUUCUUGAAUUAGCGCUUUAUAUGGUAUCCCUGCACUGUUCAGACGAAUUAUACUUUUACUAUAUUCCGCCUUUUUAUUAGCACAGGUCCGAAUAAUUGUCGGGACCUGAGUGAUAUUCAAGAAUUGCGAAUGGCAGAAUCUAUUGCAUACAUUAGCAGAAUGCAUCUAAGCAGCACUUUUUCCAGACAUGUUUGGGGUAUUUAAAGUUUAAUCCCCCCCUGCAAAACUUUAGGGAAUGUGACAUACUAAGAUGCAUGCAUGCACAUACAGUAGAUGAUCAUUAGACUCUCAUCCACCAAUACAUCAAAUCUCUUUACGCUGUCUGACACAAUGCAAGUUGACAAUGUAAGCUGUAAGUGUUUAUAAUUUGCAGAAGUAGUCAAAGAGAAUCCCUGGUGUUUCUGUGUUGUGAAGAAGAUUUACUGUCUGCCUUUGCCUCACUGAUGUCCUCUCCUCUGAACCGUGUUCUUUUCCCUGUACCGUUGGCUGGAUAGAUGCUGACAGAGCUCAGAAACAUGGCAUGGAUGAGUUUAUCUCCGCUAACCCCUGUAGCUUUGACCACGCCUCGCUUUUUGAGAUGGUGCAGCGGCUCACGUUGGACCACAGGCUCAAUGACACCUUCUGCUGCUUGGUGAGAGACACUCUGCUCUUUACUCUAUACUUGACAUAUUUGUGCUCACACUGUACUCCAUUUCCUUUAGCAUGCGCUGCAGACUGUAGAAAAACAUGGACAACAUGACAGCUCCCAAAAGUGAAGCCAAAGUAUUACAGUUUCCACUUGUCCGACUGUAUUUCUUCUCCAUUCAUAUGAGUAGACGCGUCAAACGGUGGACUGGAAAAACAAAAAACAAGUCAUUUUUUUAAUGAUUCUGAGAAAUUUUGACUCAUGCAGCGUUCGUGUUACCAGCGUUCAGUUACCAAGUUGGAAAAAAGCUAAAUCGAGGGCGGAAACAAGAUGGCUGUUAUUUUAGCGCUUGUUAUCAUGAGUUAUUUUAGCAUCCCCUUUCGUAGAUUUAGCCGAUUUUGCUCUUUUCCGACUUGGUAACUGAACCGCUGGUAACUAGGGUGUGACAUCAUUCUCCACUCGGACAUCUGACUUCCAAGGUAACUCGAACGCAGCAUUAGUCCACACAUAGUCAGGUAUUAAUGAAAGCUUUUUCUCUUGAGCUUUUUCUGUGUGUUUCAAGCUUUCUUGAUGUGCAAAUAAAACUAUAGGUCACUAAAUACUGAGAUUUUCAAAAAUGAGGUGAGAAAAGGCCGACUACAUUUACUGUUUCUACUGCCUACACUCCAUGUUUGCAGGCCGCUAGCGUAUGUCCACUCAGUGAACUUAUAUGUUUACAGGGAAAAUUAGCUGUCCUGCAUUGUUAUAUUGCAGGGCUUGUAAAUAAGUCACAUUGAACAGUUUUUAGUUUUCAAUUCAGUGAACAGGUUAAAGAUCACUCUUUACAUUUACAGAAGAUGGUAUGUUCUUCUAUGGUGUUUUUUAUGAUGGACUGAUUACAUAUUAGUGCCCCCUACUGGCCUGGAUGCUUAUGGAGGAAUUUGAACUAUGUCUGUGUUGUUAUGUGGACUUUUAUUUUAAACAGAGGAAAACUUUUGGUUUUGAAAAACACCUGACUACUUGUGGACUAGAUUUUAGGUUUAAUUAGCUAUUUCAUGUUAAAAUGUAAAAUAACACUGUUAUUCGCAGCAGAUCUCUUGCUUUUCCUUAAAUGAAAUGUGUUUCUUGUUUUAACCAAUAACCUGUUUCUGUAUUCCUUUAUUGUGAUAUUUCUUUGCUCUUCUCUGGAUGUAAAGGAUACCACAAAUAAAAUGUAUUGUUAUUACUAUUAUUAUCACUCUACAAAUACAACCCUGUGCGCACCAGAUUAGAGAUGCAUAGAUGGAACCGAAAGAGAAAACGUAUCAUACUCUACCACAGGGAUCAUUGAACUUUCCAUAAGCAUGAGUAUCUCCUUCAAGCUGACAAUAGAAGCUUUUACGCUGUGCUGACAUGAGGGAUCAUUGCCAUUUAUCUAAAUGUGUGUUUUAAGUUGCGAAAGAGGCUUGAGUCUAAGAGCUGAUACGUAGUACGCUGACCCUGAGUUUAGUUGUGCACGGAGAGGAGGUGGAGACACGUUGUCCAUUUGUUAUGUACAGUCAGUAGCUGGUUCACAAACACGACUUUCAUCUGUGUUUCUGUCUAACAGGGAUGGUUUAGCCCGGGCCAGGUGUUUGUCUUGGAUGAGUACUGUGCCAGAAAUGGAGUUCGAGGCUGUCACAGACAUCUGUGUUACCUGCGUGAUCUACUGGAAAGAGCAGAAAGUGGGGCUAUUAUAGACCCCACUCUUCUUCACUACAGCUUUGCAUUUUGUGCCUCCCAUGUCCAUGGAAACAGGUGUGCCCUAAUCCCUUCUUUUUGAAUCUUCAUACUUUGGGACUUACAUUUCUGAACAUAACAUUAUCAAGUUCACACAUCUAUAUAAGUAAAGAUAGCUUUAGGCAGUGUGAUUCUUUCUGUAUAGAAAGUAGGUGGGCACAUAAAAACCCUCAGACACAACAGAUGAGCAGAAAAUAGAGAAGUCGACCUCAUCAGAGACUCCACAUCUUUUUUUGUCUUCCAUUUGUGUUACUUUGAUGCAUUUACGUUUGUUCUUUUUUAUGUUGUGUUAAAGUUUUGCUGCUUUUUCUUUUACAUGUUGUGUUGUUGUUAAUCAAAUGCUUGUCUACAUACUUUCUUUGUUUUCUACCAUUUUCUGUUGUUUUUUUUUUUUUUUCUCUCUCUGUCUUUUGUUGCCAUAGUCUCUUACUGUCCAUAUUAUUCAUCCUCCCAUGUGUCCGUUAAAGUCAGAGAGGGCAGCAAUUACUGGGGGCCGCUGGGCUAUGUGGCCCUUGAGUCCCCAAAGAGUCCCCAAAGCCCAGAUCCCCGCACUGCCUCUAAACGAACACGCAUGCUCAAGUUUAGAAAGAGAAAGGAUUCCAAAAUACCUCUGGUUGAGGGCCAAAAAAGGUGAGAUUGUGUUAUUUACUUAUAUGUGUAACACAAAGGGAACUGAUGAAAGAAAUUUCAGACUAUUUGCAGUUUGGCUCCUUGGGAGCGGAGAGUUUUCAGACAGAGAGUGUCUGAGAUGAGUGGUUGCAUAACUUGAACUUCUGUAGAGUGAGAGUGUCAGCUGGGUUUAAGUAUGUGGGUGUGAUCCUCUUAGGCCAGACGGGCUGAGCACAGUGAUAGUGGACGAGAAGGAGCGCUUUGAAGACAUCAAGGAGCGGUUGCGUGUGAUAUUGGAAAACAAUAUUGUAAAUUUCAGGUGACUUUUGACACACAAACACUCACAAAAUAUUACCAUGGUCCUUUUCUCCUGGUGUUACAUUUCAUGUCUACAUAUUUCCUUGUAGAUAUUGUUUCCCCUUUGGUCGCCCAGAGGGAGCCCUGAAGGCCACUUUAUCUUUGCUUGAGAGGGUUUGUAAAGACAAAAAACACUGCCUUUUGCUACCCCAUGAAUCGCCAACUUUGAUGUGCUUUGAUAAAUUGCGUAAUACCUCUUUAAUGUGGCCUGCAGGUCCUGAUGAAAGACAUUGUGACCCCAGUCCCACCUGAGGAAGUUAAAGGAGUGAUUCGUAAAUGUUUGGAGCAGGCCGCUCAGCUCAACUACCAGCGGAUUCAAGAAUAUGCUAAAAUUGAAGGUAACCGGAACCACACUAACAUAACUAAAGACAUUCAGGGUAUUUAUGUUGAUUUAACAAAAAUCUUCUCUUAAGAAUCAUACUGAUUGAAAUGCUCAGUUGUUGUAUGUGGCAUAACAAAGCUAUGCUACUUUUCAACUGUUUAUUUCUGUUCCCAGACUUUGUUUUUGUUAUUCCAGCAUGAGAUUGUACCUAUUACUGCUGUUAUUUAUCUUUAUGCACAUGAUGAAUUGACUUAGUAUAUUUGUGUCCAUGUUUCUCAAAUGAUUUGUGGCAUCCCUAAUAAUUUUCUGACAGCCUGUCGGUCACUUUCUGUCUCUCAGUGCAAUAACUCUCUCCUUUGUUUCAGGCCUGCUUUAGCUCUGUGCUGUUCUGUAGGUCAAGUUGGCUUUUGUGUAGAGGUGUGUGAGUAAAAAUGCAUUCAAAUCCAAAGCCCUGAAAUCUGUUGAUGUGCCAAUCUCUCCUUGUGCCUUGAUUUUAUUCAAGUUGUGUAGCAACCCAGCCUCUGACAUACUGUACAAUGAUUGGAUGGAGAGAUCAGCUUAACUGAAUGUCCUCUCUGACUCCCAGCUCUCACUUCCCCCUUUCUUACUAUCUCACUGUAACUCUCUGAUUCCUCCGACUGACUCUGCCCCACACCCUCCUCCUACCCCCUUUACACCCCUGCUUUGAAAAACCAGCAGCUCUCCUGUCACCUCUGUCUUCUGCUCUCACUGAAGAUCACUUUCCCUCUACUUUGCUGUCUGUUCUGCUCUUUUUCUCCCUUCCCACUGUCGUAGGCUUUGACACAGUUAUCACUUUAUUUCAACCUCUUGACUAUGUGAUAAUUGGGUUUUAAACCAAGGGAAUGCUGGGAUUGAGCACCUACAAACCAGCAUCAACAACAUGCAUGUGCUUUUAAGACAAAACAACAUGGCUUUAUUAUUGGGGUGUCAAUAAAAAAAGACAACAUUUGAAGGUUUCUUAUUCUCUCCUCUGCAGAUUUACCACAAAAUGCAUACAGUUUGCAUUUUUUACACAGAAACGAAUGUUGUUUAUGCCUUAAAAGGAACCCCCCAGUGUGCUUUAAGAUACUAAGGGUUCAAACCUUACUAUCUUGCCAAGUUUACUGAGUUUACUGUCCUUGUGAGGUGCCCGGUUCAAACAAAAGCAAACAUUUGGCUUUGCUAGUGGGCCUCCUGCCCAACGAGAAUGUCGUUUUCACCCGGACAGCCCUCUUCCCAUCAGCCUCCGAACCUCCAGCCUUCCCACCUCUGACCCCAGCCUUUUGCAUGCCCCGAUCCUUUUUUAUAGGGAAAAGGAGGGAAAUGUAUGAGCACCCUGUCUUCUGCUUGGCGUCUCAAGUGAUGGAUUUAACCAUCCGUGAGUACCUUCAUCGCUUCCCCCUCCCUCCCUUCAUUCUUUUAUCAAGCACUCUUUCACCUCAUUUCCCCUCCUCCUCCUCCUCCUCCCGCCUUCCCUCUUUUCCAGAUAUGUCGCUGCUGCUGCCAUGCUUGUUUUGUAUCUGUGCUUCCUGUCUGUGAGAGUGAGUGGGGAGCCAGUGGAGAGAUCUGAAUAGUACCACGCUGAAUCAGUCGGGGUCCUUUCUUUUACGAACCAUCUGUUUGUGAUGGACAUGAAUGAGCAGUCUGGUCUGUAAGCUUCUUUCUUUUGGUUGGAUGCCCGUUCCUUUGACUUGAAUGCAUUUUUACAUUGCUUACAUUGUUAUCUCCUCCAGUCAUUCGGUCUGAUCAUGUGUCAUUGGUGUGCCAAACAGGUAGGCUUUUAUCCCACCGUGACACCAGAGACCACAUCUGUCAGAGGAGCUUUUGUAUGUGGAGGACAGGAUAGGGCAGGGUGUUUGAAUUCAACAGCUCCUGUUUGUAUUUUGAAUUCACUCAGUGUGUCCUGUCUACGGUACUGGCCGCUGUUUCUGUGUUUUACCUGUUUACAACAGUCUGAGCUGUGUCUGUUUGUUAACAAACAUCUUAUCACGAUUUUAAUUUUCCACAGGCUAUUCAGUGUUUCUGUUUUUUUACUGUGUCUUUGUGACGUUUGUCUGUUGCCUAGAAAUCUCACUCCCUGGAGCCGACUUCGUCCCAGCAGAUUGUUUGAAAGGGUCGUCAACUCCCCCCCUGUAACGUGAAAAUAACCCUAAAAGCGUGCCAAUUCUAAACAUCUCCUCUUUAUCUCUUCUCUCCCUUUUUUCUCGCUGAAGUUGAGAAAGGUCAAAAGGAUCAAAAGGAUCCAGGUGAACUCAUGUUUAGCUUGUAGUCCAACCACAGUACACACAAACAUACACAGACAGACCAAACCUUGCACUACUUAAGUAAAUACACAUCUUUUUAAAACAGAUAUAGGACACAUGCAUGCAUUCCCUGUGUAUAUAUAUAUACACACAAUAUACACACACUCAUUUAGACUGUAAGAUGUCUUGGCAUGUUUUAAGCAUCUAUGUUUACAAAGUAAAUACCCUGAGAUUGUAUUACUCUAUACCACAGUAGAUUUGGUUCAAGAUUGUUUGUGAACUUUUAUUUUGUAUUAUAUUAAUCACUGUUGUAAAAACAUUCCAACUUUAAAAACUUUAAAAUGUAGAGUAAUACAAUCUCCUAAAAAAAAAAGCCACAUAUUUGCCUACGCAUAUGUGAAAUCAAGAGAAGAAAAAAGCGGACAUAAGCAACAUUCAAAUGUGUCCCUCAUCAUCCAGUGGAAAACACAUGAACAUGUUUUACAUGUUAACAGACAAUCAUACUCUUGAUGAUGAAAUCGUCUGUGGACCUUACAUAAUAUGUAGAUGGUAGAGUCACAAUCAAAAUAAUAUUUUAGGUUGUUACGAGUCCGUUCAGCCCAAUUUUAAAUGAAAGAAAACCUAAUUACCUUUUUUUGUUUGCAGUCAGAGAGAAAGCCAAGUUUUAUUUCUACUAAAGCAUAAUUGUUUUUUUUUUAUAUGAAAUAUCAUCAAACACAAUAAAGUCAGUAGUAUAAUAAAAAUAUAAAACACAAGCCCCGACAGCUGCACCAGGGGUCAGCAGUUUGACUCCUGGAAUAAUAACAACAAAAAAACUGAUUAUUUGGUCCUCUAGAAACAGAAACUGAUCAUAUGAGUCAGCACUGUUUUUAUUUCAGUAAACUUUCUUCGACCCCUUUGAAGUUGGUGUUAUGAUUUGAAACAUCGCCAGCUAUAAUUCUGAAUGCCAAAGCAGAUGUAUUACGUAUAAUACUGUAACUAAUUGUAAUACAGACGUGAUUCUAAUGAAUCCACAAAGGCCAACUUUGCUUUUAUCCUGAACAGACCACUAUUUCAGAUCAGAUCCCACUGCUCCCUCUGGAAGGAGUGAUGACCACAGAUGAAAAAGUUACUGUAAUACAAAUCCACCCAGCCCAUCCAUUAGUGUUGAUUAAAUGUCCUCUCAGACGAUGACUCAAGCAUUACUUCAGCUCUUCUCAGGUUUCCCUGAUGGUAAAGGCUUCAUGAUUACCGAAAAAGUUACCCAAUUCCAGACUCUUUGAAUCUAUUUUAAGCCCUAAAAUAAACCCUCAAAUUAUGCCUUUUUUUCCGUUUAGCUUCAGCAGGAAGAAUAACAACUUAGUAGAAUAAAAGUUUAAGAAAAACAAGAGUCAAUCAAGUGUCAAACUACAGUCCAAAAACCACUUUUGUUUGAUGUGAAUUUAUGUAUAAAUGUUCUUUAUUUUUGAAAUUUUUUGUAGCCAUUCGGUUUCAUGUUAUUACGAAUUACACGCACAUCGUUCAGUGUAGACGUACCGUUUCAACACUCUCAUUUCAUGACAUGUAACUGUCUUAUCAGAUCAUUCUGUCAGCAAAGACACAACUGAUUUAUUUUGGAGCUUUUGCAAAUUAGAGACAAACGUAAAUAAGACGAAGAGUGCCAAAUUAAAAUUUCCCCAAAAAGUUUUCUUGGAUGACAAAUCAAAAUAACCUCACACUGUAAAAAUAAUCUGGGAUUGUCCUUUUUGAAUGCUUAGUGACCUUUACAACCCCAGGAAUGUCUAAAAAGGCAAAUAGAUGAGGCAUUUCUUUGUGUUAUACAGAUUGACCCAUUUAUCUUGAAAAAUACAGAACAGCAAUUUCUAAAACUCUGCUUUAAUAUUUAAAAACAAAUUUGAACAUACUUUGAUGUAUUUUAAUCUCUUUAAGAUUGAUGCUCCUGUUUUUACUUUUUAAUUAAUCCCUCUACAUAAUAGCCUGAUUCCAGUUGUUGAAAAAUACAGAAAUUAGUUUGAGUUUGAUUACAAAAAACAAAGAAAGUCCUGUCAUUCAUUUAAUAGAAAGUUAUCUAAGUUUCUAACUUUUAAGUGAAAGUAAUGAUUCACUUUUACAGUGUGUGUGUGUGAAGUUUUUAUUUUUAUGCCACUCUUGAUGCAGAUUACUUAUUCAGCACCACCUCACAAUAUGCAUGUUUUCAAAGCCACAUUGCACCUCCAUCUCAACGCCACUUUUCUUGUGCCUGAUAUCAACAAACACAUCAGCUCUGUUGCUUUAUGUCAUGCAACUUCCAAAUGCAAACAAAUGAGAACACGCUUUACUUGUCACGGGGGUAUUUUAGCCACACAACACAGCGUAAAGCACUGUGUUUAUACUUUUAUUAAACUGUCAAAAAUAUAAACAGGAAGACUCUUUUGAAUAGUCAUCAAAAAUCCCCCUGGAAUCCUGCUCUGUGCUUGACUAACCACUCAUCCCUCACCCUCAUCCUUUUGUCUCAGAGAACGUAGGCCGCUUAGUCACGCCUGCCAAAAAGCUGGAGGAAACAAUUCGCCUGGCGGAGUUAGUCAUAGAGGUCCUCCAGCAGAACCAGGAACACCAUGCGGAGGUGAGUGAGAACCCUCUCCUCCUCUAAACACUCUCCCUCUAUAUGCCCACUUUUAUCUCAUGCUGCGCCACAAAAGAGAGUGAAUCCUAUUAUCAGUUUCAUAUAAAUAAAGCUGCUUUCAUCUAUGGGUUACUAAAAAAAUUCAAACAUGAAUUUAAAUUAGGAACGCUCUAAUUGCUGUUUGUUAGACCAGAGCUGAAUAGAUUCAGAGUGCAAAGUUUGAGACUUUAAAUUAGACGGAGUGAGACAUAAUGUGUGCAACUCUUUGCUGUAAUCGCAGUUCAUAGUUCAGUGCUGCAGUGUUACAUAAGCUGAUAAAGGCAUUGAAAAACUGUGUUUAUAUCAAGUUUUAUUCAUGGUAGUCAAGAAUAAACUGUAGGAAGGAAGGUAAAUGCGAUGUUAAACUUUUGCAUGUUUUGUAGUGAGACUCAAAAGCCUGUGAAGGAAGAAGCCCUCAGAUCUUUUACUUACAAAACUACCAAACAGACAGAAGAGUUAUAAGCUAAGAAGUCCUCAUGGAAAUGUGCUGUUUACAAAGUCAAGGCAGACUUGAGGUGUCUAGGGUGCAUGCUUUUUUCAAAAAUCACCCCAUAUGAGUUAUUUUCACUUUGUUUGUAUUGAUUCAUCAGCAAUAUAGACAAUAACAGGAGAGGAUUAUAGGGUGUAAUAAAGAGGUUUUUGUCCUGUGCUUUAAACCUCUACAUUUGAUCUCUUUACCAAUUCAUUCCCUAAUUCAGUUAUUCAAAUGAACACCCUGUGCCUUUACAGGAGAAAGUAUUCAGUCAGACAGUGUUGUAGUCAACUCACCAAACCUUGAGUCCGAGUUUAGUCUCACGUUUUAAAAUCAGAGUCAAGUCCAAGAGCAAAUAUGGAGCUGAAUCAGGGCUUAUUUUGCGUUCCAGUUACCUCGGAAGUUCGAUGUCAGAACUAGGAAUAAAGUCAUAACCCGAGAUAACGGCAUUCUGGUAAACAAGUUGUAAAACCAAGAUGGACGCUUACUGUUGUAACGACUGACUGGGAACUUCCCAGUACAACUGGAACGCAGCAUAAGUCCACGUUAGGGCUGGGCGAUAUGGCCUCAAAUCAAUAACACAAUAUAUACUGAGCAGUUCACCUCGAUAAUGAUAAAUAAUGAUAAAUGGACGAUAACUACUCAACAAGUUGCUCACCCCCUCCCACAUUAACUUUGUCUACUUCAGACGCCACUCCAGCCACUACAACUUUUAAAUUGUCCUCCAUCUCCUCACCUGUCUUUCCCUCUUUGUUACGGGCUAGAUGGGGUGGAGUCACGUCUCCGACAUAGGACAGCGUCUUAACGGGACAUGAGACCUUAGCCUACCUAAACACAUCUUAAACCAACUUUUAUUUAUUUAUUUUUUGGACAUCGAUAUGAGCAAAAUGACUUUGGUUAUUGUCGUAAAUUUUGGUUAUCAGAUGUUCAAAUUAUCGGUAUCAACACAGGACGUGUUAAUGAGCAUCAUCUUAGGGAGACAUACUCGUUGACACUGCUGUAGUUCGUCACUGCAGGUGUUAAAUCCACUCCAAAAUACCUGCAAAACCACCGACUGACAGAUGUCAAAGAUUCGUUGUUCUUCUUUAGACAAGACCAAAUGUGCAUGCACAUGCUGUGUGUAUUGAAAAGGUUAUUAAAGGCUAAUGAAAAAAACAGUACAUCUGCCUUUAUCAGUGCAUACCAUGUACUCCUCUCUAUCUCCUGAGUGUGAGUGCAGAUAAACUAGUCCAAUCUAAGUCAUGAGUGCAGAAGCCAAAGUUAGGAGUAAGAUGUUAAAAUCAGCAUUGGAGUCGGACUCGAGUACUACAACACUGCUGUCAGAAUAUACCGUCUGUUCAAAGAAUAUGUAUGUUUAUUUAUUCUUAUUUCAUGUUUUCUAUCCCCACAGUAUGUGAUUACCAACUGACUUAGAAACAUGCAGUGAAAAAUACAAUUUUAGAAAAUAUCAAAAUAUUUAUUAAAUGGAAAACCUCAACUUACUUGUCCUAAAUCAACUGACGUACCUUGAUUUGGUUACUGUCCACUUCUCCAACAUUUUUUUUUUUUAAUGAACCCUGUUUGUAGGAAAGCAUGACCAGCAUGUCAAGUUGUGUAGAUCUGAAGGUAAUCCAUUGUGAUCUCAGAAAAUACAGAUAAAGCAGAUUUAUUGUAUCUCUCUGAAUAUGCUUGACAGGCGGCAGUCACAAGUUCUGGAGAUCAAUCGGUACAGUAUUUUUAUUUUCCUUUUUUCCUCCUCAGUCCCCAUCACGACCCUCCUGUAUGGCAUGUGCGCCACUAUGGCAACAGGCACCUUUUAGAAAGAGAAUGAGCUCAUAGAGGCCGUAGCAAUGGGUGGGUUUGUAGGCAUAGAUGUGAGAGCAAACUUACGUAAAGAAUUCAAAGGCACUGUAGCUUGCACAACAUAAUUGUGAUCAUAAAGCAUGUUCAUCGGGCCAUGAAGAGGUUUCCUUUCUCUCCAAGCAUGCUGAACCAGUAAGAUCCCCAAAGUAUGCUCCAUGUGAACCUCCUGAAGUUUGAUCCACCAUGAUCCACCCCUUCCAUCCAAUGAUUAAUUUCACAGUCCGCACUCGUUCAAACAUUACUCCCCAAGCUUUUCCUCUUUCAUCCCUCUCUGCUGUCUAUUUUGUAGUUUAAAAAAAAAAAAAACAGCUUUUUUUAUUUUUUAUUUUACAAGAAAUGCCUCAAAAAUACGUUAUUGUUCUGUACAUCUUCCUGUGUUUAUACUGUCAUAUGACCGGUGACUUCCAAAGCAGGGGAAAGAGGUAUGUACUGUAGCUAAGUUGAAUGAGAAACUCCCAUAAUGCCCUGUGCAUGUCCAAUAAAUGAUGCCACGCCUCCUUUCUUUACUCAGCAUCAGUUGAAACAGCACUUUAGACUGCGUGGCUGAACACUGGGUCUGCUAUAGAGCUCGCAGGGUCCUGAAUGUGUCCCUUAAACUCUAUCAAAGGUCGGGGGCCAUCCCGCCUGCUGACCUUUGCGUCUUUCUGUCCCUUUCUCCUCGGAAACUUUGACAAUCCCACCCUUUAACCCCCUCGCAAUGACAGUAUCUCUCCUUGAAUGUGAUGGAGAAGAGCUUUGUUUGUUGCCUGUUUCUCUAAUACUAGAACUGUCUAGGUUUUUAAAUGUCCGGAGAGGAAGGUAAGUAAACAGGUAAGUGGCUGCUAUUGGGUCGGUGAAGACAAAAAGGGAAAAUAACUGAGAAGCUGUAAACUAAAGCAUGCAGCAUAACCUAGAAAAAAACAGUGCUUCAUUUAAUGAACUUGGCAACAUGUAAGCUGAAUGAUAAGCAAAUAAGCCAAGCCAAGACUGCCAGCAAAGCAACUCUACUACUGUAAACUUCUGCUGUCAAAGGGCGGGGAAGUCCUGACUGUGCUAAAAAAAAAAGAAAAAAAGUCCAGCUGAAUCUCUAAGACUGACUUAACUAAUUGGAAGAGACGCAUCCCAACACUGAAGAUGCUGUGUGCUGCAGUCUUUGGUGUGUCUAGUCAAAAGAUGUGCAUGAGUCACAUUCGCAUCGAUCGGGUUAUGGGUUUGUCAGUGAUGUGAAUGGUGGACCUCUCGUCUCUUAGCUUGAGAGAAAACGCAUGCAGGGAGUGCCACAUUUGCAUGAGAGAAGCACUGUUCUCUUAGAUCUAUUGAUGCUGUCUUAAGUAUAACAUGUGAUUCUUUUGCUGCAACUUGAUCUAUAAGCAAUCCUUUAUUAUAGUCUAAAUCAAUAUGAAUUCUAUGGAUUCUGUGAGUCAGAGUCAACAUUAGAAAAUACAGAAACCCACACAUACAACACACAAUGAAUGAACAAUCCAGGGAGGUGUGAUGGUGAGUCUUUUUGUCUUCAGGGAUGGGUAUUGUGAGGAUUUUAUUAAUACCAAUAUUGAUUCUAAUGCUUCUUAUCAAUAUAAAAAUACUUAUUUUAUGCUUUCCAUUUGCUCUCUAUUUUUUGAUGAACAUAAAAAAACAAGAAAAACAUGAUUUUCAUCGGAGUGGGUCUUUAAAGGCUGCACUGAGGAUAUACUUAGAGUAAAGCUAGCGAUAACAGUCUGAAAGGCUGCACUUCUUCAGAGUUAUUAACUUGUGUUUCAUGAAGUUGGGCAAAAAAGCACCGUAGUUGAAUUUGAUAAACUUUCAGAUCCUUUGCUCAUCAAUAUAAAGACCACUAGACUUUGUCCCUUAUGAGAUCAUGAUUAUGCAAAGUUGUUGCUCUGUCUAUGGGGAAGAUGCCAACAACAUUAGGACUGAACAAAUGAUUGAAAAUGAGAAUAAAUAAGACUGUAUGUGAACAUUAGGUGACAGUACUGUUUGUACGGAUAUCCUGGUACUGACGUGUCUGGUACCAAAACUUCUGGUUCUUGUUACCCAUCUCUCUGAAUACUGUGUUUAAAUGCUGGUGUAGGCCCCAUCUGGUAAGCUUACCUUAGCAUAAGGAUUGGGAGCAAGAGGUAACUGGUCGCUGAAUUUUUCCAACACACUUCCAAAGUACUAAAGUUAAAAAAAACAUGUUUAAAUUUUUUUUUUUUUUUCUAUUUUUGAUCAGAAACAUGGACUAAAUGAACCCCCUACUAAAAGUUCCAGUCAAUGUUGCUAAGCUAAGCUAACCUAUGGUUGAUUCUGGCUUCAUGUUCAGCAUGGAGGAGGAGUUUCUAAUCCUCUCAUCUUACUCUCAGCCAGAAAGCACAUUAGCAUAUUUUCUAAAUGUUGAACUUUAUACUUAGAGUCACACAGUCGGAAAUACACAGAUUCAGUAGAUAUGUGUUAAAGUCCCGACCACUUUUCUUCUUCCUUUUUUCUUUUCAUUUCUUCACUGAAGUCUUUGUUCACCUGUUUGAUGUCCUGUUGUGUCUCUAGGCAUUUGCAUGGUGGACAGACCUCAUGGUGGAGCACGCAGAAAACUUCCUGGCUCUCUACGCCAUUGACAUGGACGCCGCUCUGGAGAUCCAGUCCCCUGAGAGCUGGGACAGCUUCCCCCUCUUCCAGCUGCUCAACGACUUCCUACGGACAGACUGUAAGCUCUCACUCUUCUUUGAAGCGUUCAGUUAUUUUUGGCUUAGACAAAGGAAAAUAAUAUCUGCCUGUCACUUUCCCUCCCCCAUCCCAGAUCAUCUGUGUAACGGAAAGUUCCACAAACACCUUCAGGAUCUGUAUGCUCCUCUGGUGGUUAGAUAUGUGGAUCUGAUGGAGUCCUCCAUCGCACAGUCAAUUCACAAGGGCUUUGACCGAGAGUCCUGGGAGCCUGUAAAGUAAGGAUCCUCCGUCUUUAGAGCUAGGCUGUAGGCUGGUGGGAGAUGCAAGGCUUUAUUUUCAGAUGACAGCCCGACUGCGUGGAGACUGAUCAAUCUGGGAGAGCAGCUGUAAUGUUCACCCGGGCUUCCUGUAGGUUCACUUUAAAACAACGAGCCAAGAGUGGGCUGAAUAACCUAUUUUUUUCUGCGAAAGAAAUAGGUUGUUUAUUCUGAAAAUAGAUGUUGACUAAUGUAUGUUCUCCCCAACAUAUUGGGGUCAGGGCAACAGCUAAUAUUUCUGUUGUUUUGUUGUGUAAACUAACCUCCAUAACGUGUGCUUUGUCAUGUCGCCAGAAACAAAAGCGCCCAGACUUUCAUUUUGCUGUGUUAAUUUAUUUGUCGUGGCUUUCACACUUUAGAUUUAUUAUUUGAGGGUUUUUAACAAGUAAUGUGCUUUUUCUUGGUCUUUAUGUUUAUUCUUUAAGUACUGCUUCUUCUCACUGCAUUUAUUACAUGUAUUCGUGUGCAUUCUGACUCGAGACCACUUUGCUCUUUGUAUUAUACGUCUCUUGACAAUGACCAUCAGUCUUCGUUUACUGUCUUUACCUAAUUUCAGACUUUGUGUUACUUCUAUGAUGAGUGUUACAUGGCUUUCUGCAGCUCCCAUGCCACUGUUAUGGAUUCUUUUUUUUUUUCUUUUUGUCUGUCUUUUCUGCAGGAGUUUAACAAGUAAUCUGCCCAAUGUGAAUCUACCAAAUGUGAACCUCCAAAUUCCCAAAGUACCAAAUCUGCCAGUGCCAGUAGCAGGACUAUCAGUUAACCUUCCACAAAUGCCUAGCUUUUCUACCCCGUCAUGGAUGGCUGCUAUAUAUGACUCUGAGUGUGUAUUCAACUAGUUCACUCUGGAAAUAUAAAACUAGCAGAGACUGCCUUGGUAUGAAGAUGCUCUCUCAGCCAAACUUUGUUUAAACCUAAAAAAGGUGCAUUUUUUCAGCUCAAACUUGAGAAAAGUGUGAAUAAAAACACUCUUAAUGCACAGAUAUGUUUACAUUAUGUGUGAAUCUUCUGCAUUGAUGCUCAUGUUCAUGCCAAGAGCGCUCUGAGAGGUGUUAGAGUAGAUGGGGUACUGCUUCCGAAAAAUGAGAGGCUGAAAUGCUCUCAUUUGUCUCAACAUGCAUGCUGUUGAGCUGAGGUGUGGAGAUACAGGCCAAAAAAAAACCAAAAACAAAUAUUGAUAUCACAUAUUUCUCGAAGGCUGUUUGGGGACUUGCCACGCAGGAAAAAAAAAAAUCCCCAUUUGACAACUUUUGCAAGAUCUCCUUGCAUUAAAAAGGUGUAUCUCCUCAGGGUUGUUGUCCACACACAUUUGCUUUAGCGUACUGUAAAACAUUCGUGGCCUCAGGUUCAUCCCUGACCUUAACCACCUGCUAGCGAUCUGAUUGGGAGGGGAGAUAAUGGGCUGGAUGGGAGAUGAUAGCUCUGUUUUAUCAUCUCCACUCCACACUCAACAUCUAUCCUGAAGCUGUCUCCCAAUCAGCUCCGCUCACGGUGCCUUUAAAGGUCUGCAUGGUUUGUUUUGGUAACACUUCCAGGGGCCUCACCAACCCGGGGACAUGGAUGGUGAGGGAGGGCUUGUGGAGGGAAAUUUAACUUAAAAAAAAGUGCUUUUUUCUGUACUGUUGAUACCAUUGUUACAUACCCUCCCUUACGCCUCCAUUCCCACACCUUUGUCUUGACACAGUGUGAUCAGCUGCUGUACCUGCAGUGACUCUACCUGCAUGUGGCCACUUCACAUCCCGAUCAAUAACCAUACUCUACAGCAUGGUUAUUGAUUUGUUACAGUAAACCCCCCGCCCGCUCCUUCUCACUCAUACACUGACUGUCCACUAGAAGCAGACGUUGCACAGUCAGUUUAUGGUGUAAGGAGCUCAGUCUGACUGUGCUGAGGUGUGGAGGAACAGCAUCCUCCUCUGCACCUGCCACACCACCCUCCUCCUCCUCCUUCCCCUCGCAGCUCUUCCCAACUCCCUCCUCCUAAAAGUUGACCUUUUGCCCUCUGACCCGCGCGCUUGUGUGUGUGUCUGUUUGUGCGUGGUUUAUGGCAGUAAUGGCUCCGGAUCAUCAGAGGACCUCUUCUGGAAGUUGGACGCCCUCCAGACCUUCAUCAGGGACCUCCACUGGCCCGAGGAGGAGUUCGCCAAACAUCUCGAGAGUCGCAUCAAGCUCAUGUCAAGCAACAUGAUCGAGAACUGCGUCAAGCGGUGCGUUUCUGCGUGAGAAGAAGAGUGGCCCAAUAUUUAGAAGCAAGGGGUGUCACGAUUCUACAAAUCCUCGAUUCGAUUUGAUUUUUGAUUUUAGGGUGACAAUUCAAUUACAAUGUUUUUCAUUUUCUUACAGCACAGAGGCCGAUGCCAUUUAUAGACUAGUCUAGUCUACGAUUAUUGGUUUUAUUAAUUUCAUUUUGUUCAGUGAAUCUUAUUUCAAAAGAUGGGCUACAUACAAGUGAUGCAAUUUCCAUAAUUCUUGUGUAAUGUAUCAGAUUAGGCACUAAUGGUCAAAUUUAAAUAGUUUAUUUAACAAUCUUGCUUUCAGUGAAGUAAAAGCAACAACAACAAACAUGAUAAUAACAAAAAUGAGAACUCACAGAGACCAUGACGUAGUUUCGAUAAAAAAAUCAAAAUCGUGAUACCCCUAUUAGAAGCAUCAAAUAUGAAUUAUGAUGGGUUUACUGAGUUGUUAAUAUUUGAUAAACACUUUGCCUCCUUUACAGCACCAGGAUGGCAUUUGAGUCCAAGCUGACAAAGAGCAGCAAAUCCACAGAUUUCCGCAUCUCUCCAACAUUAUGCACCAUGUUCAACGUGAUGGUGGACGCCAAGGACCAGUCGGCUAAAUUGUGUGCGAUGGAAAUGGGCCAAGAGGUAAAUUCCUCAUCAGGGACAGAGACUCAUGUUGAAAAGAGAUGGACUCUAUUAGGACUUUUAUUUUAGGUUUUUAAGAAAAUCUUUAAGUUGAUUUAAAGUUCAAACUUUGCCCUCUCUUUUGCAGAAACAAUUCCACUCCCACAUCGACGAACUGAUUGAAGACAGCGUGAGAGACAUGAUUCAACUCCUGGUUGCAAAGGUGACACAGUUCAAGUAUUACUCUGCCAACUAAUCCUAAGAAAAACAAAAAUCACAAAUUAGAUUUUAAGCUCUUUUUAGUUCAGACUUGAGUGUGCUGAGCAUCACAGAAAGGAAUCAUAUAAAAUCUUCUAAGUUUUUCCUGGUCUUCAGAGGCUGAUCCCUGAUGACAAACACUGAUUAACAGAAUCAGUCCAUUUUCAGCUGACAUUUGAAAAUCUUCACGACUUUCCUCUUCGAUAUUCUUCAGCACCUUCUUCAGUUUCUUAUUUGUUUCUUUGAGUAAAAUGUCCCAUCGCCUUUUGGUCGGAUUAUCCUGCUACUAAUUUAAGCCUCCCUGAGGAAAGACUGUACUAACUCUGUACUCACACUACUUUCAUCUCAUGCUGUUAUUCCCCAGUUUUGUUUCAUACUUUGUUUCAUGACAGAGUUAAAUUCUCAUCAAUAUCACUUUUUUUUUAAUUUAAAUUAUUGCUUUCAGUUUCAGUCUUGUUUACUUAUUGAUAAUUCCUGUUUUUUCCUUUGUUUCUCAGUUUGUUGCCAUAUUGGAGGGUGUGUUGGCAAAGAUUUCCAGAUACGAUGAAGGAACUCUCUUCUCCUCAUUCCUCUCUUUCACGGUGAGAUGAGCUUGUCUCUGUUUACUCCUUUUUAUGCCAUAUUGUCUUAAAUAAUCUCGUUAUAUAGGAUUAAAUUAGUAAAAGACUACAAAACUUUGAUUUCGAUUGAUGACACUUUACUUGACGCCUAUCUCUAUAACACAUUAUAAAUUAUAUAUAAUGCGUUAUAAUCACAUUAUAGCACUGUAUAACUAGUUUUAAACACUCAUAAAGGAUCACAAUGCUUUAUAUCAGUAAUCAUAACACAUUAUAAAGAUUUUAUCAUGACUUACAAGCUCAGGUGCUUAUUUUGAAAAAGCCUUAUGAUAAUUAAUGAGUGUUUAUAAUGAUGGUUAUAAAAGUUUAUAAGCAAAUUAUAACACAUCAUAAAUACAUGUAUAAUGCAUUAUCUAUGUGGGCAUUGUCAGUGUGUUGAUAACAGUUAUAACACAUUAUAAUACCUGACCUUGUAAGUCGUGAUAAAAUGCUUUAUAUUGUGUUAUAAUUAUUGCUAUAAAGUAUUAUGAUCACUUAUGAGUGUUUAUAACUAUAGUUAUACAGUGCUAUAACAGGAUUAUAACACAUUAGACAUAAAUUUAUGAUGUGUUAUAGAGAUAGGCGUCAAGUAAAGUGUUACCUUUAGAUUCAUAUAUGUCUGUAGCUUCCAGCUUUUUUUAAUCUAAUUCUAAGACUGUAUUUUACCUUUAAAAGUCAUUUUAUACAUUUUUCCUCAUGUCAACAGAAAUUAAAAUGGUUAGGUAAUAACACAUGCCUUUAUUUUUCAAAGUUAAGUUUUCUUUUGAUUAAAGUAAUAGUAAAUAAUUUUGGGAUUGAAAAACUGAGCCUUUGACAUUUGACUUGAAGCUGUGGUUUGACAACUUUAUUCUGAUUUCAGGUGAAAGCUGCCUCUAAAUAUGUGGAUGUACCUGUAAGUGAAAUAACAGCCUCUCUCUCUGUGUGUAUUUAAAAAAAAAAAGGUUGUGCACAUUCACUAAACACAGCUGAAAAAACACUCAACAGAGUUUUUUCAGCUGUUUUUAGACAGCUGCAGGUUUCUGGUGUUUUUUUUCGUGUCCUCUGAGCCCUGACCCUCUUCUCUCUUACAGAAACCUGGGAUGGACGUGGCCGAUGGCUACGUGACCUUUGUGCGCCACUCUCAGGACAUGCUGCGUGAUAAGGUCAAUGAGGAGGUGUAUAUAGAAAGGUUAUUUGAUGUAAGUAAGAUGCCGUCUCCUCCUCACAAGAAGGGAGGGGCCUUUCAAAAUGUGGCAAAACAACAGGGCAGAGAGGGAUAAGUCCCAUUUUGAGACCAGGAAAUGUAUUUCAACCUGGCAGAAGAGGCUUCUCUGAUCCUCUACCACUCUUGACUCUUCUUUUCUUUUCUGUCUCUCUUCUCUCUGAACUUCAGCUGCUGCCCUCUGCAUUCUGGUGUGCAUUGCCACAGUGCUUUUGGGCCUUUGUGUAUCGAAAAAAGGAAACUUUUAUUUACAAAGAGUCCAUAAAAGCAUUCUCCAAAAAAAAAAAGAAAAAAAAAAAAAGGAUUAUCUGAAGCAGUGCUCUCUGGAAAGAACAAAACUAUCCAUAGUGACCACAUCCCAGCACACCAACUUCUAUUUUUUGAGCUCACCACCGUACUUUUGUGCUUCCAGAGACUUUCCACUUUCAGCAUGUCAGCCUCCUGAAUGAACGACACUCAGCCUGCUCGGCCUCGGCCCACAGCACAGCACAGCACCCACGCAGUUUCUCUGUGAACUGAAGAUGUUGGGUGAGAGAUGCACUGCUGGACCAGGGUGACAGAAUGAUGUCAGACAUGGAGGCUGACAUGUCAGAUACCCUUUCUGUUAGAGCAUUGGUUCCUAACCUGCAGGUCGAGACCUCGCCGAGCUAAAACAGAGAUGUCUGAACGGUCAUGAUCUGAUUUAAAAGAAGAAAACCCUCACUGACUCACAGAAUAAGAUCGAUUUUACAUGACUUCUCUCUGAAAUAUCAUGAUCUUGUUUGAGAUGCUUUUCACAGGCUGUUGCAUCUGUUUGGUAGACAGUGCUUUAAAUGACAAACAGGGCUCUCCAUUCACAGUCAACAUAAGCACUUAAGUGCUGGCUGUUUGCAGGAACAUACAUUUGCACUUAGAUCACAGUUAAGGUCAUUUCCGUGUGUAGAUGCAAACGAUAUCGCGCUCCUGCACGUCUUUUGGUACUGGCAUAAAAUUGAAAGAAAACUUUAGACUAAAAAUACACAGAACCUCAUUUUGCAUGUGCCCACAUGUAAGAAUUUAAAAGACGGGUGAGCUUUGAUUAAGUUGGAUUUGAUGAUCUCAUGUCAGUUAAAGUAAGGUGACCUUAUUUUAAAUUCCUAAAAAGAGGACAUGACAACGGGGGGCAGAGUCAGGGAGUCGUGUGUAGUUAAUUUUGAGAGUUUUUCGGGUCAAACCAAGUUUUUUUUAUGUGCUUUUAAUGCAGUAGGUCCAAGCGACACAAACUCAAAACCUACAUACAAAACUCUGGACAUUUGAAGGAUUAUAUAAACCUUCCCUGACAAAGCCGGACAAGGCUGGUCAGGCCGGACAGCCCCCAAAAAAGAGGACAUGUCGGUAUGGUCACGCUAGUCAAAGUGAACCAACUACCUGCCAAUACCAGCUAAUGUGAUGAUGAAGCUGUUAAUCUAGAGGGAGCAGAAUCUGACUCGUGUUAGGAGACAUCAAGAAAUUUUAACUUUUGACAGACAAAACCAAAUACCUGACUGAAAUAUUAUUCAUCAGGGGAUAAAAUUGACUGUUAUCAGCCUAUUGGGGAAAAAAAAAAUGUUCGGCAGGGUGCGUUUUUUUUUUCGUGCUAAAGAUAUAAUACAAAGAAAAACACCUAGAGUGAUUCAAUAAUAAUGUCAAUAUCAGCUUUAUUUAUAUAGCACAUUUAAAACAGUCAAUGGCCGACCAAAGUGCUUUACAGUAAAAUAUCCAUAAACAAUUAAAAAAAUAAAUUAAAAAAAGCAUAUACAUAUAAAAACAUAAAAGAACAAUAUAGAUAAACAUAGCAAAUAAAUAAAAUAAAAAAAACAACAAAAGCAACUAUACUACCCCAAAGGCUAAAGUAAACAGGUGUUUUAAAAGUGAAAAGGCUAUAUUUUAUAAUAAUAAUAAUAAUAAUAAAGUACUUCACAACAACAAAUUCAAAGGAUAAAACAACAUGACAUAAAUUACAUACAAGCAGAUAAAUACUGGUCAUAAACAGUCUAGACAGCAGCUUUUUAAAAACACCCACACUGUCCACAGCUCUUAGUUUCACAGUUUAGGAGCCAAAACCUCUGGUCUGAGGAUCUCAGAGUCCAGCCAGAGUUAAACGGCUUCAGCAGGUCUCUUAUAUAACUGAGAGCUUGACCAGGCGACACCCUGUGCACAAUCAAGUAUUUUGAAUUGGAUUCUGAAUUGAAUGGGGAGACAGUGCAAAGACUUAAGGACGGGUGUGACAUGAAACUCUCUGGGUGAUUUCAUCAGGAGCUCAGCUGCAGCUUUUUGGACCACUUGCGGGCGAUUCAGAGAAAUUAGAGAAGUUAAGAAGGAAUCGCGAUAAUCAUGAACAAAUAUCUCAAGCUCAUUCAUUGAUGUCAUAACCUUUUUCGUCCAUUCCUGAAUUCACCAAUUUUCUUUGCACUGUUUGAAAAACUAUUAAAACUUAGCAUAUAAAAGAUUACACCAUAACAUGACAUUCACACAUAUUUUGAGAACGUUAUUAGACUCAAUAACUUAAUAACUGCAUUGGUUCCAGCUCAAAACUUUAUUAUACUGGUGACCAAAUUGGUUAUCAGUGAAUUCCUCUCUGGAUAAUAACAGUAUGCGGUAAAAACUAUUCAAAAGAUACACAGAUAUAGAAGAGGCAGAUGUGUAUGAGUUGUGGUUGAACCCCAUAACCUGGUGCAACAGACUGCAAGGCACUCAAAUAAAGAAAACGUUCAAGACACAUCAUUGUAGUUGUACAGCUCGGAUUAUCAGUUUUGGUGUAGUAAGUGGUUAAAAAAAAGGUCGAAGUCCUGAAAGGUUGGGAACCAGUGUGUUGGAGGGUGAAGAGAGCACUGACUUACUAAUAUAUAAUCCUAAACAGGAUACAUUGGCAGUAAUGUGUCCUCCAUGUGUGUUUUGAACGACACAUAAUGCUGUGAUUUGUGUGCUUCAUGUCAUUCAGAAACUAUUUGUACAGACCUGUGUCUCUACAGGUGUGUGAUGGCUUUGUGUGUGUGUGUGUGUGACAGGUUCUCGGUUUUGUGAGGCCGUGGCGUGUCUGACAGUUUUUUAUGUCUGAGAGACUCUCUGAAGUCUCUCUUUGGUUUGAUAUAUUUUUUGUGUUGGCUGAAGAAGCAGGAGUCUUGUGCCAGACAUAUAUGAUUACUUUCUUUCUUUCUUUUGGAGUGAGGAGUGAUGCUGUUGUGAAGUGGGUCUGCUUUUGUCUUUGGAUCCACACCGGCUCCCCUGUCUCCUUCUGUUUUGUCAGUUUUUUAUAGUCUGGAGUCCCCCCACCCCUCCCUUCCCUCUGUGUCCUCUGUGUGGCCCCCCAAAGUCACCAAAAUCCUUCUCAGCACUGUCAUGUUAAAUUCUCCUGAAGAUUUCUCAAGCUGUGAAUGUUUCAGUUUCAGCGUUUUUAUUUCAGUUCUCAGGAUGUCAAUGUUUUCUCUUUCAUUUGAAUGCGCUCCCAUCUCUCCAUCCAUUCGCAUGCAUGUGAAAAACGUUCCUUGGUGUGUUGCAUAGGCUCUACCUUAUCUCUCUUUCUUUCACUGAAUUGAUUUCAAUCCUUUUUAUCUCCUCUUUUUCUGAUUAACACCAUUCCUGCUGCCUCCUCUUUCCAAAAAAAGUGGCACUUAUCUCUAGUGUUGCGUUGCGUUGUUUUCUCACAUUAUGUUGGUUGGCAUGAGUUUUAGAGUCAAAUAAUCUUCCUGUGUACAUCUUCUAGCAUGACCCUCCUCCUCAGAGUUCUGCCUCAUUUGCACAUACAGCAGUCUUCCUUAGCACGUACUCUGCCACCCACCCACCUGCGAGGUCUGCAUGCACUGCACGCUCAACUCGACUGUGAAGUGGACAGGCAUCUGCAUAUCCGGCCUCAAGUUCCAAACCUUUCGACCAUUCACUUAAUCUUGAUCCAAACGAAACCUCGACAAACCAAACGAACGAAAUCCUCACUCUUCUCAAUCAGACCCUAAGAAAGCUUGUCUGCGUUCCUGCCUACUCACAUGUUUAAAGUUGACUUCUUUUUCCUGAAAUCAAAGGUAUGACGACUGUUUCUAGUAGACCUGGGUGCUGUUCUCUUGUAACUUGAUUCAGCACAAAUGCCAAGCGGAGAAAAAGGUACAAGAAAAUAGCACCGCUGCUCCCUGCCUGCUAACCAUUGACUCACUCUCAUUCUGUUUUUCUUUUGCUAAUGAACUUGUGUCAAAACUAUAAUUUCAACUCCCCAUACAGUAGCUGUUUGCACUCCUCAGCGGGGUUUUGAAUGCAGCUCUGCAUUUCUGCUUCAAUAAAUUAUAAAUAAAGGCUAAGUAAUUGCCUUUCAUAAUUGAUGGGCCAUGCAGCUUUUUGUAAAAAUAUUGACUUUCUUACUCCUUUAAUUGGGUAAUUACAAUUUAAGAUAGAUAAGUCUGUCAACGUUUAUGAGUUCCCUGUUUAUUUUCUUUUCCUCCUUCGAGUAGCAGUAGUCUCAGAGCUCGAAGUAUUUCCUCUUGAAACUGCUCUUUUCAGCUCUUCAGAGUUUGUGCGCAUGUCAAACUCUCAGUGUGUUUGUGUACGUCUGUGAGAGGAAGUAUGAGUGCAAAGUUUAUCUGUGCUGUAAGGAGUGAGGCUAAAAUUCAGGAGAGAUGUAGCUUAUAAUAGGAUUCAUCAGAAAUUUUGAUUUUAAAGCAUCUGUUUUCAUUUUUAGCUGAUUUAGAUUCAAAUGUGGGAGACAAAUGUGAGGUAUUGUUAGGUAAACCUUUAUCCUUCAUAGAUUUAAAAGCCCCUAAAAUUCAAAAUGAACUCAACCUUCCUGUCAGGAAAAAGAUAUGAAGAUCGAUAUCCCUCUCCUCUUUAUAAAAUUAUAGCGUUUGUCAAAUUGACACCACCAUUUUUUACAUGUAAAUGAACCCAAGUGUAAGUACCUGAAGUGGAUGUGUGAUAUAUCAUUUCUAAGGCGGUAACAGUUUUGUCUUUUCUUUUUUUUUUUAAACAAAACAUUAAAGUUUUGUUCAUUUUAAAGCUGCAAGUAGAUGAAGAUUGUUCCCAUAGAUCAUAGUAAGGCCAGCUGUGUAGUUCUCUCCUGAUCCCCAUGCUGAAUUAAAGGCACCGUGAGGGAUUUUAAUGUCAUAUGACUCCUCCCCUUUAAGGAUAUUCAUGGAUGAAGACUCCGUCGCACACUGUCUUAAAUAUGCAGCUCAGAGGGUUUAUUUGGGGUGGAAAUGACAGUGAUACAGGUCUGCCUUUAAGUCUUUAAAGAUACAUUUUUGCAGUGUGAUGAAGUUACGUUUUGAUUUGUAGCUUUCUAAAAAUAGUAGUUGUAACCUGGCACCAAAAAAUCUUUUUAAACUCUGACUUUUUUACUCUUUCGUAGCUUACAAUAAGUACAGUGCUCAGCAUAAAUGAGUACACCCCUUCAGAGUUGUCAGAAAACCUGUAGUUUCCUUUCAAAAUCAACAUUUUCUUUGUCAGACUUUACAAUUUUAAAAUACUCCCCCAAAUGUAGGCCAGUGAUUGCAAACAAGGAUGCAAAAAAGAGUACACCCUAAUCAAAGUUCUGGGAGCAAAGUUAAAUUUUAGUUACCAUAUCACCCUUAUUUUCAUCUUAUGGUAAACAAUAUGUUAUGUUGAACUCAGCUCUGUCAAAACUUUGGAAAUUGUACUUUUGCUCAUCUAGAUAUUGAGUAAUACAUUACUUUUAAUAAGGGGUGUACUGACUUAUGCUGGGCACUGUAAGUAUGCAAUUAGACAUUGGGAAGGCGUCAACAUUAAGUUCUAUUUAAAGCCCAACAAAGCCCUGAUUGUAGAGUUCCUCUGUCUUUUCAACACUAUGACACAAGCUACACAGCUUAUUGCUAUUCUUGCUCAGGAUCAGCCAAGUGUUUGAAACAUUAUGUAUAAAGAAAAGUAUCUAAAGAAAAAAACUUUCAGGCUUGCAAACUUUCUAACUUUCUAACAAACUUUGCAAGCACCUUCUGGGUGAGUGUUUAUUAUAGAGAGUAUUUUUUUUUUCAACUUACAUCCUAGAUCUGAAUUCGUGAACGGAGCCAAGUUUAAACAUCGGCAAAAUAUACGUAGACGCCUCAUAGUUGCCAAGUCCACUUGUUAUAAAUGACUUUAGGCUUGUUUUGUCUCAGAAGUCGCUUGUAAAACUCGUGGUUUGCUUUUUUUGGGCUUUCUUUUCUGUAUGUGUGAACCCCUCUGAUUUGAAGUUGAAGUUAUUGUUGGUUCGGCUCUCCAACACAGUUCAGCUUUCUCAUGUGGCCCCAUGUAAAAAAGUAAUUGCCCACCCCUUAGAUAGAGUGACCUUAAAUCCAGUUGAAAUCACCUCUCAGUGCCUUUAAGCUAAGCAGCUGCUCUUUGUUGUUAUUAUAUUCGACUCAGUGUGCAGUGGUACUUUUCCAUUCAACAAGCCCUCAGCAAGAGGGUCAAUUACCACAUUCUUCCCAUAUCAUCGGCCACCCCGUCAACACAAUUUCCUGCAAUGCAUCACACGCAUUCAUGCACCAAUCAGGAUUUUGCACCAUUUCUGUUACAGUCUUAUAUUAGUUUGUGGUUUUUGGAAAAGAUUGAAGUUGAAAUAAGAAACGUGUGUUCAAUGUGCAGAAUCAAAAAGUCUUGCAGGUGAAUCUCAACUUCAUAUGAACUUAACAGUCUUCCCAGUUCUUUUAUAUUGAGUCUGUAAUAUUGAUAAACCUUAAAGAUGUGUUUAAAGAGUAGGAUUACUAAAGUAUUUUAAAAACGACCUUAAAGAUGAAAUGAAUGAAAAGACUGUUUAAACAAACACACUUGACUGUAAUGUGUGAGUCAUUUUAGCUGAUAAGAUUUAUUUCUCUUCUCUUUAUUCUGGCUCUAAUGAAGUCUGUUAACUUGCAUUAGCCGAUUUUGGCUCAGAAAAUGCAAGUGUCUGUCUGGUGAGGUGGUCUUAAGUCUCAACAUUAAUCCUCACAAGCUGGUGUGUGACUGCACACACAAGUGAACUGUUACGUUGCAUGUCUUAAAGCUGCUGGUAGACUUUAUUGAAGUGUUGCCUGAAUACACACACCGGGGUGCUUGAAAGAUAAUGUCGCUGUCAUAUACUGUGCGUGUUUAGUUGCAGCUCUUCUGUGUGUCUAAUAGGUUAGUGUUAUGCUGUCUUGAGUAUGUGUGUGAGUGUGUGUUUUGCUGGAGAGUGUUGUGUUUAUGUGUUUCAGCAAUGGUACACUGCCACCAUGAACCUGCUGGGGACCUGGCUCACUGAACGCAUGGAUCAGCAGCUCCACGUCUACCAGCUGAAAAUCCUCAUCAGGAUUACAAAAGUAAGAGGGAGGAAACACACCUGCCAGGUUGAUGAACAUAGCAGAGGGAGAGGUGCAGGGAAAACUGAGCAUCACUAUCAAAGCAGAGAGGCAUCCUGUAGGAACUUCUGUAUAAUAUUUGGACAUUUUCAUCAUGUGUGAGGGUUGUUUUGUGAAAGAAGUGAAAAGUAAUAGAACUUAUUCCUCAGUUUUCUCUGUGUUUGACCGUUUUCACUUAAAUAAAGUUCUCCUUUGACGCUAGCGCAGGUUUGGAAGCCUUCAGGUACAGUAUGUAGUUAACAGCACAGCAGCACAGAGAAGAUUUGAUAGAAAUUAAAUGUAAUAUUUUGAAGUACGUAUGUUUAAAUAAUUUAUAUUAUCAGCUGAAUGUAUGUAUAUAUUUGCUUACGAUGAGCCUUGUAUUUGUAAAUAGGAACAGUUCUUGCACCUUCGUCUUUUUUACAGUUGCACAGGAUAGACAGAAGUCAAAACAUACUUCAUAAGUUUUUGGAUGUAGUGAAUGAGCGCUGAAUGGAAGACUAAAAAAAGAGAGGGGUUGUUGGGUGAAAAAGACUUUGUAUCCACUGACGUUUUAGAAAGUCAAAACCUGAAUAACGUGAGUUUGUCAUACAGCACUUGUCGUUCUUUGUAGGAGCUUAUUGUCCUCAAAGACCACUGAUGCUUCACAACCUAUUAGCUCUGAUGACGGCUAACAUUAGCUUACAGUAUUCCUCUAGUCAACGUAAACCCACGCUUAUAAUUGGCUCAAAGUUACAACUACCUUUUUGAAGAGCUACAGUACACAACAAAAAAGGCAUAAAAUCCUAGCUAGAAUAAGGUUUGCUAAAGUAGUUAAAGCUGGCACUGUGUUAGCAGUCAUCUAGUAGUAGAAAAAAGAUUGUUGCUAAUUUCGUAUUUUGAGAUAUAGCCACUCCUUCCUUUCAGAUUAAAUUAGGGUAACCAUAAGUCCUCUUUUACCUGGACAUGUCCUCUUUUUUGGGGGGCUGUCCAGCCUUGUGCGGCUUUGUCCAGGGGAGUUUAAAAAGUCCUUUAAAUGUCCAGGGUUUUGUAUGGAAGUUUUGAGUUUGCGUCGCUGGACUUGCUCAGUUUGAAGUGCGUUAAAAACACUUGAUCUAACCCGAGAAACUCUCAAAAUUAACUACACGCGACGCCGUGACUCUGCCCCCUGCGUAGUCAUGUCCUCUUUUUGGGUAUUCAAAAAAUAUUGACACCCAAACAUACACCCAUGCUUGCAAUUAGCUAAAAGUCACAGCUACCUUUUUGAAGUAUUACAAUAAAGAACAAAAAUGGAGUAAUGUCCUAGCUAAAAUAAGGUUUGCUAACGCAGUUAAAGCUAGCACUGUGUUAGCAGUUGUCUGGUAGUAGAUAACAGAUUGUUGCUAACUUGGUGUUUUGAGAUAUGGCCACUCAUUCCUCGCCAGUUGUAAAGCACUUUAAUAAAAAAGGAUUAUUAGACUUCUUAACUUUAUAGGGUUACCAAGUGGAAAACAGAAACAUAUUUUAAAAAGGUUUAAAUUUCCACCCUGAGUGUCUGAGGAAAAAUCUCCCACGUGAUACCAAAACAGUGUAAUGAUUUAAAUAUAUUUUAUUUGCAGUUAAGAAUCCCUCACUGACGUAACUUUGUCCUCCUGCAGAAAAAGUACCGGGACUUCCGCCUUCAGGGUGUCCUCGACUCCACCCUCAACAGUAAGAUGUAUGACACCGUGCGCAACAGGCUGACCUUGGAAGAGGCCACCGCUUCAGUGAGAGAAGGAGGCAUGCAGGGCAUCUCCAUGAAGGACAGCGAUGAGGAGGACGAAGAGGACGACUAGAGCCCAGUACACUGAACCACCCUCACCCUGAUCCCCCUUUCACACUUUUGACUUUAGCCUGGUUACCGAUGCAUGUACCAACUCAGAUAGCCACUCUAGGACCUCUUUGUCAGCUCGAAAUGCCUAUGAAGGAACUAUUAACUAUAAAAAUAGUACUUAUGCUGAGGAAAAUCUAAAUAAAAAUGUUUAAAAAAUAACCAUGAUUGGCAGUUUAGCUGUGUCAUGAUAAAGAUAGCACCUAUCUUUGAUUCAGUCAUUUCUAAAUUCAUUUCUAUGUGUUACUAAGCAAUAUGGAGAACCAUUUGUUUGACAAUGUUGAGUGAGAUUAAAUAGGUGUGUCCCUGUCCAAUGCAAAACCUAUAUGGCGCUUCUUUGUCGUAUUCUACAUUCAUUAAUGGUACAUUGUCGUGAUGAUGAGUGUGUGGACCCUUUUCUUUGUCUUGUCUGUUUUUAAGUGAAUGCCAACUGCUUCAAACUGAAAAGAAACCUCUGUAUUUGUUUACGGCUGUUACAGAAACACUGUCGUCUACUCACUGUUCUCAACAACAUCGACAGUAAGUCUAGACCUGCAUUUUUAUCAUGUGUCGAUGCUAUGUGAUCUUAUCUCAAUUACUAAUUAGGAAUCUUGAACUUCAACGAGUGGGUAUUCUAGAGAUGCAAUAUUCUCAUAGCUCCAUUUUGAUAACCUGGGAGAUUCUAUUUUUAUUUCAACAUUAAAAGGCCUCGAAACAGGUUCUAUUUUAAUUGAGUUGCACUUUUACAGAGAAAAGAGCAAAAAAACGAUUUUUUUUAUUGAAAAAAAAGUUGGUCUGUCUUUGUUCUGUACUUGUGUAGAAUGAGAUGUCUGGCAUUUGUUUGGGUCUCACUGUUGUUUUGUAUAUAUUCUAUAAAUAUAUAUAUAAAUAUAAAAUGCUGUACAUUGCAUUCUGAGCCAUUGCUGCAUGCCUGUGGGUUCCCACCCUCCCCAAACGCUUUCUGUUUUCUGUGUGAAUUAGCUGGUGGAUUCAUUCUUGCUUUUGCCUUAUGAAAGCCAACAGUUGUAAUAUGCAAGAGCUGUGGCCUCUAAAUAAAAAUUACUGUACAUGUGCAUCC